AUGUUUGUCCUUGGAAAGGAGCUGAGAUACUUUGUGUUCCAAACUAACUGCUACACCUCAAUACUGACGUCUUCAUGUGGGAGAACACUGAUUCUCACAACGGUAACAUGAAUGCAACUGGUGCACUAAGAAAUAUCAAGUCUGCGUUAUACUGCAUCUAGGAUAUAUCUUAAUUAAAAAACGGAUGGCUUUGAUUUCUGACGGUUCGAAAGAGGGUUUAAAAUGUGUUUACAGAGCCAUAAUUUACUGAACAAAAAUAUACAUGUAAAGUGUUGGUACCAUGUUUCAUGAGCUGAAAUAAAAGAUCCCAAAAAUCUUCCAUGCACACGAGAAGCUUAUUUCUCUCAAAUUUUGUGCACAAAUUUCUUUACAUCCUUGUUAGUGAGCAUUUCUCCUUUGCCAAGAUAAUCCAUCCACCUGACAGGUGUGGCAUAUCAAGAAGCUGAUUAAACAGCAUGAUCAUUACACAGGUGCACCUUCUGCUGGGGACAAUAAAAUGCCACUCUAAAAUGUGCAAUUCUGUCACACAAUACAAUGCCUCAGAUGUCUAAAGUUUUGAAGGAGCGUGCAAUUGGCAUGCUGACAAUUAAAAAAAAAUAUAUAUAUACCUUAUUUACACAAGCAUUCAGACCCUUUGCUAUGAGACUCGAAAUUGAGCUCAGGUGCAUCCUGUUUCCAUUGAUCAUCCUUGAGAUGUUUCUACAACUUGAUUGGAGUCCACCUGUGGACCAAGCCAUGAGGUCGAAGGAAUUGUCUGUAGAGCUCCGAGACAGGAUUGUUUCAAGGUACAGAUCUGGGGAAGGGUAGCAAAACGUUUAUGCAGCAUUGAAGGUCCCCAAGAACACAGUGGCUGCCAUCAUUCUUAAAUGGAAGAAGUUUGGAACCAUCAAGACUCUUCCUAGAGUUGGCCGCCCGGCCUAACUGAGCAAUCGGGGGAGAAGGGCCUUGGUCAGGGAGGUGACCAAGAACCCGAUGGUCACUCUGACAGAGCUCCAGAGUUCCUCUGUGGAGAUGGGAGAACCUUCCAGAAGGACAACCAUCUCUGCAGCACUCUACCAAUCAGGCCUUUAUGGCAGAGUGGCCAGACGGAAGCCACUCCUCAGUAAAAGGCACAUGACAGCCCGCUUGGAGUUUGCCAAAAGGCACCUAAAGGACUCUCAGACCAAGAGAAACAAGAUUCUCUGGUCUGAUGAAACCGAGAUUGAACUCUUUGGCCUGAAUGCCAAGCGUCAUGUCUGGAGGAAACCUGGCACCAUCCCUAAUGGGAAGCAUGGUGGUGGCAGCAUCAUGCUGCAGGGAUGUUUUUCAGUGGCAGGGACUGGGAGACUAGACAGGAUCGAGGGAAAGAUGAACAGAGAAAAGUACAGAGAGAUCCUUGAUGAAAACCUGCCCCAGAGUGCUCAGGACUUGAUUCUGGGGCGACGGUUCACCUUCCAACAGGACAACGACCCUAAGCACACAGCCAAGGCAACACAGGAGAGGCUUUGGGACAAGUCUCUGAAUGUCCUUGAGUGGCCCAGCCAGAGCCCGGACUUGAACCCGAUGGAACAACUCUGGAGUGACCUGGAAAUAGCUGUGCAGCGAUGCUCCCCAUCCAACCUGACAGAGCUUGAGAGGAUCUGCAGAGAAGAAUGGGAGAAACUCCCCAAAUACAGAUGUGCCAAGCUUGUAGCGUUAUACCCAAGAAAACUCGAGGCUAUAAUCGCUGCCAAAGGUGCUUCAACAAAGUACUGAGUAAAGGGUCUGAAUACUUAUGUAAAUGUGAUUCCGUUUUUAUUUCGAAAAACUGUUUUUGCUUUGUCAUUAUGGGGUGUUGUGUGUAGAUUGAUGAGUGGGAAAAACGAUUUAAUCCAUUUUAGAAUAAGGUUGUAACGUAACAAAAUGUGGAAAAAGUCAAGGGGUCUGAAUACUUUCCGAAUGCACUGUAUAUGAUUAUUUAAGCUAUGUUACGCAUUCUAUGUUAAGUGGAUAAGUGAAAUGCCUUUGCACUUAAUUGGUGAAGACUUGUUUUUGGUUUGGUGUCAGUGGCAUCCAUCUUGAUUAGAACCCUCAGUGUGGUUAUUGGCAGACAGUACUAGUAUUGACCAGUAUCCAGCAGGAGUUUAAACAUUUACAUUUACAUUUACGUCAUUUAGCAGACGCUCUUAUCCAGAGCGACUUACAAAUAAACCCAACAGGAAAAAGUGUCAGGAUUGAGAUGGGCUAAUCUGCCUGUGGAUGUCAUUCCAGCACAUCACACACAUACACACACACACACACACACACACACAGAGGGCCCAACCAAGCUCUUUAUCCAAUUAACAUGUCCCAGCCAAACAAACAGAGGGGACACCAUUUGGGGUGCUCUCUUCUGGUGGGCCCCCAAGGGGAGAGCAGGGGAGAGAGAGGAGGGGAGCAAAUGCAGACGGGGGGGACAAAUGCAGGCUCUGCUGUCCAAACAGUCCCCCGUCCCUCGGCCCAGCUGUUGGCCCACACUGUUCCCUAACACACCGACAAUACUGUCACCACCACCAUAACCAUCGUAACCACCCUCUGACAAGAUACAACCUGCAAGGUCCACCGCUAUGUCAACAUGUUACGUGACUUUUUAAGACCACACUUCAUGUAGACAAUGUGGGAAGUGGGAAGGUAUUAUGUGAUGGGUUGUGAUUGGUGAGAAAGGAGCGUCCAUAACACUUAACGUGGAUAGGUCAAUUCAGUUCAAAUUCACAUUCAAUUGUUGAAUUGAACAAAUCCUGAAUUGGUGGGAAAAAAGAAUUGAAGCCAAUGGACAAUUUCUAAUUAUUUUCCAAUAUGGAAUUGACCAUGACCCCAAUCUUGAAACCUCUCUGUGAUGUGCUUCAUAACUUACAGUAACUGUUACGGUGAAAGAGCCUUGGUGCCCGUGGCUCCUUAACGACGCUGGCUCAUACUGGCAGAUAGACACACUGUCCUGUCCCGUCCUAGCCUCUCUGAGCGCCUGUCCUGUCCUGUCCUAGCCUCUCUGAGCGCCUGUCCUGUCCUGUCCUAGCCUCUCUGAGCGCCUGUCCUGUCCUGUCUGGGGCUCUCCGGCCCCCAUUGCCCUUCCCCCAUCUCCCACCAACACAAUGGACUUACUCAUCUCUCCCCUCCAGACAAAAAGGCCUGUGGCUAAACGCCAGCCUCUUUUAUGUGGCCGGACCCCACAGCCAUGACUUCCACUGCUAUUGUCUGGAUUCCUACUUUACUGCCACCACAGCAUAUCUUAAAUGCUUAAACCGCCGAAGUUUGGUAUUGGUCAUGACAAGGACUGAGAAUGUCCUGCUUUUCAGUGUCAGAGACACAUCACAAAGAGGGGAGCGAAAGGAAAUAUUUAUACGAUACUUAAGAAAUUCACCUGACAAUUUCACAUAAGAUAAAAUCAACUGUGGGUCUUACUGUGGGUCUUACUGUGGGUCUAACUGUGGGUCUAACUGUGGGUCUAACUGUGGGUCUUACUGUGGGUCUAACUGUGGGUCUUACUUAUUAUCACACACAGACAGUUUGGUCUGUAUUGUAACAGGCCAGAGGUUAGGAACAAGGUCUUUAUUAGUAGGUGAUUAGUAGAGAGAAGGACAAAGCUCUGUGGCGGCCAUCUUUCUUUAGGGGCCUUGUUUUGGUCCAGGCUUUUUAGCUGUGGGGCACAGAGAGCGGGACUUGGCUCCGCUCUUUGAGCCCCACAGCCCCGGCCCAUGGGGAAGCUCAACUGGUGAGAACUGGGCACUUUUGUUGGCUUAGGGGCGGAUGGGUAAUCCCCCUGUCGCUCCCCUGCAGCCUGGUUCCCCUCGUUCCCACUGACUGGGUCCCCCAGACUGUCGCCUUUUGCCUUGUUAUCUUCCCCCCACAGAGGCUAGUCCGGCUGCCCGUCGGGAAGCACAGCUCUAUUCAUUAGUUAUAAUGUUAGUCCAAAUGGAAAAGUGUUAGUAAGUAUAUGUGUUUUCAUUUUGUCUCGUAGGUCAGUGUACCCUUUGACACAAUUCAGUCUUCAAACACACUAGUCAGACAUUUUCACUUAUCCUUUGAGACAACCUCCGCCAAACCCGCCCCCCCCCCCCCCCCCCCCCUCCCCCUCCCCACCUGAUCCAAAAUGGCAGCUAAUUACCGUGGUGACACGGCAAAAACAAUCCUCUGCUUGUUUCCCCUGGCUACUGGCAGCCAGGUCUGGCUAGCUCACAUCAACGUCCGCCAGCCAGUCACAGUGACCAGGCAGCUUAGCCGAGGCAUGCCAUUACACACAGAUUGGGCUCCCAAUCUGGGCUCCUACUGGGCGGAAUGGGAUUUAGUUGGUAACGAAUGGUUAAGAGACACAGUGGGAACAACUUUGCCCUCAGCGUCUAGUAAUGACCAACACUUUGUAUUCUAGCGUCACGGUAUCUAGCCACGUCAAAAAACAUUUCUGAAAUGUGGCACUCAGGUCAGUUUCAACAAACGCUUGCACGCUCUGCUAUUCUAUCCCAAUGACCUACUGACAUAGAUAGGCUUGAAAUAAUUGGACAAUUGAAAUAACUGAUAUCUGGUGAUGUUAGCUGACUUCUAUCCUCUAAACUGAGUGCUCUAGUAAUUGGCUAUUAGUUAAGUUGAGGCACAGAGGCAGCCAGUCCACAACCGUUCAGGUCUGUCGCCAUCCAGGACUGGAAUGUGUGGGAGUCCACAUGGAUCUAGAUUAGGCAGGGUUUCAGUCAUUAACCCAGUCCGGUCACAGUGUCUGUUCGCCCCGUCGCCUAAGCUCCUUUGAGGGAGGUCACUGACACACACACACACACACACACACACACACACACACACACACACGAACACACACACACACACCUCCGCUUUCCACUCCUGUCUCCAAUAAACAAAGAGCAGGAAAGGCCCAUUGGAUUAGACUGGGACAGAGACCAAAGAAAAGCUCUGAUGACCAAGCUUCCUAAAUGAGAAUAAAGAUGCUUCCUGACAAAAGGAUUCUACAGAUUGAAGCCCCAGGGAGAGAAAGCUGCAGCUGGGACAGGAAUGAUAACCUGAUAACCCUUUCCCCUGUUCCAUCCAUCUAUCUUGUCUUUCAAGGACAAGGGAACAAACACACAUUCCCAUACUGACUAAGGCAUUUAGCCAAAGCUGUUUGAGGGUCUUGUCUAGCUAUCAGAGGCCCAUGCAGGUGAAUCAUUCCAGACUGUAACUUGAGGAUCAGCCAUAACUGAGGGAAGUCAACCAGCGCUCCGUUUCAUAUGAUCUAUCUCAGCCCUGAUCCACUGAAACGACUCAUUGUGGCCGCUAACGAUCGAACAGGCACGUCGCUCACGUUCCCUCGCUGUUGAACAAGUCAUGAAUCGUCCGUAAAUCAGCGGCGACACGCCAGCAGGUAGACUUACAGCCUCACGCAGCUGCUGACAACCUUAAGGGAUGGUUUAACAGAGCAGGGGUUGGUUGGGGGUGGGUUGGGACGUCACGCUGAUGUGAACGUCCUGUCUCAGGUGUCUAGUUUCCACUUAUUCCCUGGGGAAACGCAGCGUUGACAAGCCAAUAGGAGAAGCCGAUAACGUAUAGGUCAGGUUCUAUAUGUGUUUGUGUGGGGCAGGCUAGACUAUUAUGGGUGUCACUGAGAGGGUCAUAGAGAGGUGAGAGAGAGACAGGGCAAGAUAAUGAGAAAAGCCAUUCAGGAAAUAAAUAAAACCUCCAUUGCAGUAGCAGUCUAGUAGUGGCCUGUGACCAGUGGAGAUUGCUGAGGGGAGGACGGCUCAUAAUAAUGGCUGGAAUGGAGCAAAUGGAAUGGUAUCAAACACAUCAAACACGUGGUUACCAUGUGGUUGAUACCACUCCAUUGACUCCAUUCCAGCAUUAUUAUGAACCGUCCUCCCUCAGCAGCCUCCACUGCAGGUGACUGUAUAAAGGCCAUAGUGAAGUGUUGAGGAGACAGAGAGUUAGAGUGGAGGUAUGGUCUCACAGUGGGGUUCAGGGGAGAGUUUACUGAUUACUGAGCUAUAGACUACAUACACACACUUACCAGAGACGGAAGAGGAAGUCAAUGAACUAAAGUAAGCAGACCACUAUCACAUUGGUGUCCAUAGGAGAGCCACCCCCUUAAGCAGAAAAUGUUAAAUGGCCUGAGUGAACUAUUUUCAUUUAUUUUAUUUUUUUACCUUUAUUUAACCAGGAAAGCCAGUUGAGAACAAGUUCUCAUUUACAACUGCGACUUUGGCCAAGAUAAAGCAAAGCAGUGCGAUAAAAACAACAACACAGAGUUACAUAUGGGGUAAACAAAACAUAAAGUCAAAAAUACAACAGAAAAUAUAUAUACAGUGUGUGUGAAUGUAGUAAGUUAUGGAGAUAAGGCAAUAAAUAAAUAGGCCAUAGUGCAAAAAUAGUUACAAUUUCGUAAUUAACACUGGAAUGUGCAAAAGAUGAUGUGCAAAUAGAGAUACUGGGGUGCAAAUUAGCAAAAUAUAUAACAAUAUGGGGAUGAGGUAGUUGGGUGGGCUAAUUUCAGAAUGGCUGUGUACAGGUGCAGUGAUCGGUAAGCUGCUCUGACAACUGACGCUUAAAGUUAGUGAGGGAGAUAAGAGUCUCCAGCUUCAGAGAUUUUUGCAGUUCGUUCCAGUCAUUGGCAGCAGAGAACUGGAAGGAAUGGCGGCCAAAAGAGGUGUUGGUUUUGGGGAUGACUAGUGAGAUAUACCUGCUGGAGCGCAGACUACGGGUGGGUGUUGCUAUGGUGACCAGUGAGCUAAGAUAAGAUGGGGAUUUGCCUAGCAGUGAUUUAUAGAUGACCUGGAGCCAGUGGGUUUGGCGACGAAUAUGUAGUGAGGGCCAGCCAACAAGAGCGUACAGGUCACAGUGGUGGGUAGUAUAUGGGGCUUUGGUGACAAAACUGAUGGCACUGUGAUAGACUACAUCCAAUUUGCUGAGUAGAGUGUUGGAGGCUAUUUUGUAAAUGACAUCGCCGAAGUCAAAGUUCGAAAUAGGAAGCCGAUUCUAGAUCUAACUUUUGAUUGGAGAUGCUUAAUGUGAGUCUGGAAGGAGAGUUUACAGUCUAACCAGACACCUAGGUAUUUGUAGUUGUCCACAUACUCUAGGUCAGACCCGCCGAGAGUAGUGAUUCUAGUUGGGUGGGCGGGUGCAAGCAGCGUUCGGUUGAAGAGCAUGCAUUUAGUUUUACUAGUGUUUAAGAGCAGUUGGAGGCUACGGAAGGAGUGUUGUAUGGCAUUGAAGCUCAUUUGGAGGUUUGUUAACACAGUGUCCAAUGAAGGGCCAGAUGUAUACAAAAUGGUGUCGUCCGCAUAGAGGUGGAUCCGAGCGUCACCAGCAGCAAGAGCGACAUCAUUGAUAUACACAGAGAAUAGAGUCGGCCCGAGAAUUGAACCCUGUGGCACCCCCAUAGAGACGGCCAGAGGUCCUGACAACAGGCCCUCCGAUUUGACACAUUGAACUCUAUCUGAGAAGUAGUUGGUGAACCAGGCGAGGCAGUCACCAUCUUUGCUCUAACUAGCCAUUAUUUAGAGAUCAUGUGACUGUGUGAGGGGUCAUAAGGGGUCAUAUGCUGAAAGGUUAGGGCCCAGAUGCACUAAGACUGGAAUUCAGUCAAACUGGCAAUUAACAUUUUGACCACUACACAUGAAAGAGGGUUACAGAGAGUUUGCGGUGCCCUUAACCCCUGAGUGGUUCAAUGUUUCAGGACACCGUUAUUACGGUUAUUACCUGCUGCUCUCUGUGCGCCGUGUCUGUCAAAGGCUUCUUUGUGCUCUUAUGAAUGAAGCCUUGUAUGUAAGGUGCACAGCUUGAGAUAAGGAGAAAAUGGAGAACCAGACAUAAAACAUUAUGGGUGGGAGAAUAACUGUGUGUGUGUGUGUGUGUGUGUGUGUGUGUGUGUGUGUGUGUGUGUGUGUGUGUGUGUGUGUGUGUGUGUGUGUGUGUGUGUGUGUGUGUGUGUGUGUGUGUGUGUGUGUGUGUGUGUGUGUGUGUGUGUGUGUGUGUGUGCGUGCGUGUCUGUGUCCUUUCAUUGUUGAUUCAUUUAAAUAUUAUAAUCUAUCUGUCUGUGUGUGUGGCUACAGAUUUUCCAGGUGGCCUACAUCAUCAUCAAGGCAGCCAACUCCCCUCGUCCUGGUAACUGGGUGCUGGAGCGUUCAAUGGACGGUGUUGAAUACACACCCUGGCAGUACCACGCCAUCAGCGACACAGAAUGUCUGACCCGCUACAACAUCACCCCCCGCCUCGGACCCCCCACCUACAAACGAGACGACGAGGUCAUCUGUACCUCUUAUUACUCACGCCUCGUACCCCUGGAGCACGGAGAGGUAGCUAUCUAUUUAUUACUCACGCCUUGUACCUCUGGAGCACGGAGAGGUAGCUAUCUAUUUAUUCGACCUUCACCACAGUGGUCUGAAACUCCCUGCCCGCGAGCCACAUCAGGCUCAUGAGCUGCUCUUUGGUGGCCUACGGGUCAGGCGUUUGAAACCACUGCUUUACUAGGUCAGUCUUUUAUUUACAAGACCAGGGCCCUGUUCAGGAGGAGGCAACAUUACAGAACUUUCAUUGAGUUGGGCAGAGAAUUGGGUGUGCGCUCUGUGUGGUAUUCUCUAGCACCUGUAGUCCAGACAGGGGAUGACUCAACUGUCCUCCAGACAAUGAAAGCCUACUGGGCUACUGUCACUCUAGCCGAGGCAGAGCCGUAAUGAACGUCUGUGGUUAGGAUACUCUGUGGUUACCCACAGCCCCUGAGGGUGCAUCUCAGUAGUUUAACAAGGAAGGGAGACAAGGAGAUGAAGCCACUUCAGAGUAUUGGAAUGCACCCCAAAGCCCAGAGUGAGAUCCUCAAUCUUCUCUUGCAUUGUUUAGCCUUGUGUUAUGUCAUCUCUGCCAGCUGCCUGUGGUCAGACUGGCAAGUGAGUCUGUGCGUUAUAUCGGGGAAAAAUGGCCGUAAUUCACUCAAUAUCUGUUAGUCUUUGAUUGAAAACAUGUAAACGUAGAAUGAUAAACUGCAUGCUCAUGACUUUGAUGUAUUUAGCUAUAUUUGGUCAUGAUGGUCGUUUGACGUCGUCGUCCAUCUUUGUCUGUCCCCUAUUCAGAUCCACACGUCUUUGAUCAAUGGGCGGCCCAGCGCUGACCAACUGACCCCAGAGCUGCUGGACUUCACCUCAGCCCGCUACAUCCGCCUGCGUCUGCAGAGGAUCCGCACGCUCAACGCCGACCUCAUGACCCUGAGCUACCGCGACCCCAAGGAGGUGGACCCCAUUGUCACCAGACGGGUACGACUGACGUACUUUCACACUAAAGCACUGCCACUAGCACUCACUAACUGUUCUGUUUUCUGUUUUAAGUUAAAUGGUGUGUUCAACCAAAUUGGUCAUUCACCUCAAGAUACGUGGUUUGUGCGUUGCCUUGAAUAACUUUUUCAAAAUGUAUAUUGCAUUUUUAUGGUUGUUUUUAACAAAAAUUUGAUUGAGCUAUUUGCAGCUGAAUGUCUGAAAUAUGUUAUAACUUCAUUGGCUUUGUAUUCCGUUUGAGUCGUGUCAUUCUAACUUGAUUGGCGUUGUAUGUUUCCCUCUGCAGUACUACUAUUCAAUCAAGGACAUCUCAGUGGGCGGGAUGUGUAUCUGUUAUGGACACGCCCAGAGCUGUCCCUGGGACCCCGUUGCCAAGGUAACACAAGGCCGUCUUCAGUUUUACCCGUUCAGGCUCGGUGGCUGUCAUUCAGCUUUUGUUUCAUAAUGCAGAGUUUAAAACUGAAUUACUGCCAUUCACAUAUUGUGUGUUAAACAUUUCACAUUUUGACUCAAUUAAGCUCCUCUUAUCGGGGCCAACAUUGGUUCAUUGCUGAUCUGUUGUAAUUGCUGUACACACUUAAUAUAAAGAGUACUAUAAUAUUUAUUUUAUGCAAUGCAUGGUAGUAAUACUUCUUUAUAAGAAAUAUAUUUGCCAAACUAAUUUGUUUUAUAAAGUGAACUAAGUAAUCCCAGCGCCCUCCCCCCUAUAGUCCCUGGAGGAAUGGUAUGGCCCAACAUUUGCUCGGUUGAAUUGGUUGCCUUCCUCAUUAAGGGGGAAUGUCACGUUAACAGGAGGAUGAGAAAGUAAGCAGUAAGGCACUCCCACUACAAGAGAUGGAAGGAGAGUCUGAGGAGUGGAGUGCCGAAAGAGAUUUCUACUUUUCAAUUCACAUUACAUCCUUGCCUCACCUUUCGUUGUGGCUGGCAACGCAAAAUUCUUGUUCCGCAGCUAAAAUUGACCGUAAAUAUCACAGUAGCUACUAGCCAGUAAUCACAAGCUAUUUAACAAUCUGAGCAACUUUUCUUCUAUAACAUAUUACACUAGUGAAUAAUGCAACCAAACCAAUAAUGCAACAAUUCACAGGGUUUAUUUUCUCGCCCGUACACAUUAAAUUAGCUGUCAAUACACAUAGCUAGCUAACUAACAACAUGCUUCAUGAUCAAGCAACAUUAGCAUAUCAAUAAUUUACCCCUCCCAUACGAAUAUAAAAGUACUGUAACGUUAUCAGACAGUGUCAUUCAUAUUAUAAUAUAGCUAGGCUAAACAGCUAGGUAAGCUAGCUAGCUAAAGAAAAUAAUUUCUUCAUCCUUCUCACAUGAACGUGCUGGCUGUUAGCUGAAUGCUGACGUUUAGCUGAACCAUAGCUACACUGAACAAAAUAUAUACACAACAUGUAAAGUGUAAAAGAUCCCAGAAAUUUAAAAAUAAAAGAUCCCAGAAAAUGUUCAGAUGCACAAAAAGCAUAUUUCUCUCAAAUGUUGUGCACACAUUUGUUUACUUCCCUGUUAGUGAGCAUUUCUACUUUGCCAAGAUAAUCCAUCCACCUGACAGGUGUGGCAUAUCAAGAAGCUGAUUAAACAGGAUGAUCAUUACACAGGUGCACCUUGUGCUGGGGACACACAACACAAUGCCAGAUGUCUCCAGUUUUGAGGAAUGUGCACUUGGCAUACUGACUGCAGGAAUGUCCACCAGAGCUGUUGCCCAUUGUGAGUCCCAGGUAUCGGUGACCAAUAAAUGCAUAUCUGUAUUCCCAUUCAUGUAAAAUCCCUAGAUUAGGGCCUAAUGAAUUAUUAUAAUUUGACCCCCCUUUUUCUCCCCAAUUGCAAAUCUUGUCUCAUCACUGCAACUCCCCAAUGGGCCCCCAGCUUAACCCGGAAGCCAGCCACACCAAUGUGUCGGAGGAAACACCGUUCAACUGGUGACCAGGGUCAGCCUGCAGGCACCCGGCCUGCCACAAAGAGUCACUAGAGCACGAUGAGCCAAGUAAAGCACCCCCGGCCAAACCCUUCCCUAACCCGGACGACGCUGGGCCAAUUGUGCCACAGCCCGGGAAUGAACCCGGGUCUGUAGUAACGCCUCUAGCACUGCGAUGCAGUGCCUUAGACCGCUGUGCCACUCGGGAGGCCCCCUAAUUAAUUUAUUUCCUCUCAUGAACUGUAACUGUUGCGUAUAUAUUUUUGUUCAGGAGCGCUUAGGCUUACACUAGCGUAUUAAAGUUACGUUAAAACAAACCAGGCUUCAUUUUAUCAAUAUCUUGGAAGUCAUUAGGCCUAUAUGAGGUAAAAGAAAAUUGCCACUGAAAACAUUGAGAAUUCCCUGGGGAGUUCCUUCUUGCCUGGACCUGAGAUUUAAACACUGCUGAGAUUUAAAGCAACGGCGACAAUUUCAGAAUGUAAUAGUCUGUUACUACAAUUUCAGGUAAAAACAAAAUAAAACAAGUCUCAAAAGUAAGGAAAAUGUCUGUACAUUUUAGCUUUCAAAAACAUUGCUCUGCUAUUACAAUUAUUUUUUACACUGUUUACACUUAGAGGGCGGGGGCAACUGUCAGGUGAGUGUCGAGACAUGACAGUAAUAUGUGGAUAUUUCUGCGAAGUCCUAUAGGCCCUUCAACUUGCCACUUAGAAAUGCAUUCAUGUUUCACACAGACGUAACACACUAACAUUGUGACAUGACAUACAGUUGAAGUCGGAAGUUUACAUACACCUUAGCCAAAUACAUUUAAACUCAGUUUUUCACAAUUCCUGACAUUUAAUCCUAGUAAAUAUUCCCUGUUUUAGGUCAGUUAGGAUCACCACUUUAUUUUAAGAAUGUGAAAUGUCAGAAUAAUAGUAGAGAGAAUUAUUUCUUUCAGCUUUUAUUUCUUUCAUCACAUUCCCAGUGGGUCAGAAGUUUACAUACACUCACUUAGUAUUUGGUAGCAUUGCCUUAAAUUGUUUAACUUGGGUCAAACGUUUUGGGGAGCCUUCCACAAGCUUCCCACAAUAAGUUGGGUGAAUUUUGGCCCAUUCCUCCUGACAUAGCUGGUAUAACUGAGUCAGGAUUGUAGGCCUCCUUGCUCGCACACGCUUUUUCAGUUCUGCCCACAAAUGUUCUAUAGGAUUGAGGUCAGGGCUUUGUGAUGGCCACUCCAAUACCUUGACUUUGUUGUCCUUAAGCCAUUUUGCCACAACUUUGGAAGUAUGCUUGGGGUCAUUGUCCAUUUGGAAGACCCAUUUGCAAUCAAGCUUUAACUUCCUGACUGAUGUCUUGAGAUGUUGCUUCAAUAUAUCCACAUAAUUUUCCUUCCUCAUGAUGCCAUCUAUUUUGUGAAGUGCACCAGUCCCUCCUGCAGCAAAGCACCCCCACAGCAUGAUGGUGCCACCCCCGUGCUUCACGGUUGGGAUGGUGUCCUUCGGCUUGCAAGUGCCCCCUUUUUCUUCAAAACAUAACGAUGGUCAUUAUUACCAAACAGUUCUAUUUUCGUUUCAUCAGACCAGAGGACAUUUAUCCAAAAAGUACGAUAUUUGUCCCCAUGUGCAGUUGCAAACCGUAGUCUGGCUUUUUUAUGGAAGUUUUGGAGCAAUGGCUGCUUCCUUGCUGAGCUGAUGUCGAUUUAGGACUUGUUUAACAGUGGAAAUAGAUACUUUUGUACCUGUUUCCUCCAGCAUCUUCACAAGGUCCUUUGCUGUUGUUCUGGGAUUGAUUUGCACUUUUCGCACCAAAGUACGUUCAUCUCUAGGAGAUAGAACGUGUCUCCUUCCUGAGCGGUAUGACGGCUGCGUGGUCCCAUGGUGUUUAGACUUGCGUACUAUUGUUUGUACAGAUGAACGUGGUACCUACAGGCGUUUGGAAAUUGCUCCCAAGGAUGAACCAGACUUGUAGAGGUCAACAAUUUUUUUUCUGAGGUCUUGGCUGAUUUCUUUUGAUUUUCCUAUGAUGUCAAGCAAAGAGUCACUGAGUUUGAAGGUAGGCCUUGAAAUACAUCCUGUCACGAACGUCGAAGGAGGAGGACCAAGGCGCAGCGUGAUGAGCGAACAUACUUUAUUAUCAAUAGUGAUAACAAGAACAAAACAACAAACGAUAACGACACGUGAAGGCCUUGGCUACAAAAUAACCAACACGGAACAAGAUCCCACAACUACUGUGGGAAAACAGCCUGUUUAAAUGUGGUUCCCAAUCAGAGACAACCAGCAACAGCUGACACUCGUUGCCUCUGAUUGAGAACCACUCUGGCCAACAUAGAAAUAGAACAACUAGAAUAUUACAACAUAGAACAUAAACACAUAGAAUUUACACACCCUGGCUCAACAUAUAGAGUCCCCAGAGCCAGGGUGUGACAGUACCCCCCCCCCAAAGGCGCGGACUGCGACCGCGCCUAAACAUAAACCAAACAGGGGAGGGCUGGGUGGGCAUUCCUCCUCGGAGGCGGUUCCGGCUCCGGGCUUGACCACCACCCUUCAACCAUCCCCCUGUAGCGCCCCUGGUCCGGUCUGGCCCCGCUGGCUGGAGCUGGACUGGACAUCGUAGGAGCGGAUACCUUAGGCUCCGGUGUGGAGCAGCUGACCGGUACCUGACCAGGCACCGGUGACCCAGGCACGGGUUGUGCCGGACUGACGACGCGCACCCCUGGCUUGGUGCGUGGAGCAGGAACGGGCCGGACCGGGCUGACGAUGCGCACCCCUGGCUUGGUGCGUGGAGCAGCAACGGGCCGGACCGGGCUGACGAUGCGCACCCCUGGCUUGGUGCGUGGAGCAGGAACGGGCCGUACCGGGCUGACGAUGCGCACCCCUGGCUUGGUGCGUGGAGCAGGAACGGGCCGUACCGGGCUGACGACUCGCACCCCUGGCUUGGUGCGAGUGGCAGGAACAGGCCGGGCCGGGCUGGCGACGCGCACCAUUGGCUUGGUGCGUGGAGCAUGAACGGGCCGUACCGGGCUGACGACUCGCACCCCUGGCUUGGUGCGAGUGGCAGGAACAGGCCGGGCCGGGCUGGCGACGCGCACCAUUGGCUUGGUGCGGGAAGCAGGAACGGGCCGGACCGGGCUGACGAUGCGCACCCCUGGCUUGGUGCGUGGAGCAGCAACGGGCCGGACUGGGCUGGCGACGCGCACCAUUAGCUUGGUGCGGGGAGCAGGAACAGGCCGGGCCGGGCCGGGCUGGCGACGCGCACCGUAGGCUUGGUGCGAGGAGCAGGAACAGGCCGGGCCGGGCUGUGGAGACGGAUUGGAGGCCUGGAGUGAAGAGCUGCUACAACCCGUCCUGGCUGAAUGCCUACCUUCACACACUCUGUGUGAGGCAUCAGCACAGGACGUACAGGGCUGUGUACACGUACUGGCAUAACAGCACGUGACACUGGCGCAGGAUAUCCGGGACCGAGGAGGGGCACUGGAGGCCACGAGCACUGAGCCGGCACACUCCGUCCUGGCUGCAUGCCCACCUUCGCACGACACGUGCGGGGUGCUCGCACAGGACGUACCGGACUAUGCCAGACCACUCGUGGCACAGUACGCAGCUCCGCAUACCCCGGAACCUGCCCAGUCUCAUGCUGCCAUGCCUGAGUACAGGGAGUUGGCUCUGCUCUACAUCCAGGCUCCGCCAACCUGCCUUCCGGCCCCCCAAACCCGGUGGCCUCCUCUCCUAAUCUCCCAAUUCGCCCUGUGGCAGCCUCCUGCUGCCCCAUCGCCCAUGCCGUGUGCCCCCCCCCUAAAAAUUUAUUGGGGGUGCCUCUCGCCUGUCCGACCACGGCCCGGUUGGCGCCGCUUCUCCUCUCCUGCCUGGGUCUCCCCCUUCAUAGCCUUCCGGUACCGGACGGCCUCCUCCUCCGUAAUCUGCCCCCAACCGAGGAGGACAUCCACUAGAGUUACCUCCUGCGUGUGUUCCUGGACACGCUGCUUGGUCCUGGUGUGGUGGGAUCUUCUGUCACGAACGUCGAAGGAGGAGGACCAAGGCGCAGCGUGAUGAGCGAACAUACUUUAUUAUCAAUAGUGAUAACAAGAACAAAACAACAAAUGAUAACGACACGUGAAGUCCUUGGCUACAAAAUAACCAGCACGGAACAAGAUCCCACAACUACUGUGGGAAAACAGCCUGUUUAAAUGUGGUUCCCAAUCAGAGACAACCAGCAACAGCUGACACUCGUUGCCUCUGAUUGAGAACCACUCUGGCCAACAUAGAAAUAGAGCAACUAGAAUAUUACAACAUAGAACAUAAACACAUAGAAUUUACACACCCUGGCUCAACAUAUAGAGUCCCCAGAGCCAGGGUGUGACACAUCCACAGGAACUCCUCCAAUUGACUCAAAUGAUGUCAAUUAGCCUAUCAGAAGCUUCUAAAGCCAUGACAUCAUUUUCUGGAAUUUUCCAAGCUGUUUACACACAAAAUCUUUUCAUGUCACACGAUUUUUGAAACCUCUCACUCAAAGUGCAAAACUACACACCAAAUCUCCAAAACCAUAAGCUAUUUCUCAGCCUUUGACUCAGUUGUCAAUUGCAUAAAACACUUUUUUCAAAACACUACACACAAUUCUCUACCUAAAACACAAAAAUCUAACAGGAAGUGACUUGCUUUCCUUUUCCAAACACAACCAUUCAAAAUGCUACACUUAUUCACCAGGUCACACACACACUCUUCACAUGUGCAAACACUAAUUGCUUAACUGAUCACUAACCAAUCACUGCUUUACUGUAGUAUAGGCCUAUAAAUAGGUCAAAGGUCAGAUUACCUGUUUUGAACAAUGGAUGCCAACAAUGGACAGAGAGCAAGAGGAGUAGGAGGGAGAGGCAGGGGACAACAACGAGGACAAAUUCAAAGACGAAGUGUUGGAAGAGGAGGAGGAGGAGGAAGAGGAAAAUGAAGAGGAAGAGUAAGAGGAAGAAGAGGACGAGGGCAAAUAAGAGAAGGAAGGAGAUUUAUUUAUGUGGAUGAGGUUGGCUUCAACCUCACCAAAACCAGGCGCCGCUGAAGAAAUGUAAAAGGACAGAGGGCAAUUACCAAUGUCCCUGGACAGCGUGGGGGUAAUAUAACUAUGUGUGCUGCCAUCACUCAAAACGGGGUCCUCCAUCACAAUGCCACACUGGGUCCGUACAAGACCGGCCAUAGGCUCACUUUUCUGGAUGCAAUUUACACAAUGCUUGUCCCUGAUCCAGAUCAGGAGCCUGCUAGAUUUGUGGUUAUAUGGGACACUGUUAGUUUUCACCGGGCUGUUCUGGUCCAAAACUGGUUUGCCACCCAUCCACAAUUUGUAGUUUUGUACCUACCCUCAUAUUCACCUUUCUAAAUCCCAUAGAGGAAUUAUUCUCAGCCUGGCGCUGGAAAGUGUAUGAUUGCCAACCCUAUGCCCGCAUGCCGCUUCUCCAGGCAAUGGAGGACGCAUGUGGGGACAUAGAGGUUGCCUCUGUCCAAGGUUGGAUACGCCAUGCUAGGAGAUACUUCCCUCGAUGUUUGGCAAGAGAAAACGUAUCUUGUGAUGUGGACGAAGUAUUGUGGCCAGACCCAGCCCGGAGAAGAAAUGAAGCGUAGCUUAGCACUGGUGACUGCCCCCCCUACCAUUUCCUGGACUGCACCCCCGGGACCCCCCACACACAAUUGUGUUCUUUACUGUAUUCUAAAGAAUAUACUUUUGGUUUACAUAUGUUUAUGGUUUUGUUGUAUGCUACUGUAUACAACAGUAAUGUUUGGCCUAAUAAAUAUUUUCUGUUUCUACAUUGCAUUGGUGUUUACAGUGUACUUGUUACCCCUCUCAGCAGAUUACUUUCACUGUAGAACAUUGUAUUGAAAUGUAUAUAUAAGCCUAUGAAAGACCAAAGAGCUUUAGAUUUAGAACAACAGUGUUUACAUGGUAUAUCCAAAAAUUUACUAUUAUGAAAGAAGUGUUUGCCAUUUGAUGCAAAUGCUUCAUUCUGACAUGUGUUUAUGGCAUUUUGAAUGCAGUGUUACAUUUUGAAGGAGAUGUGAGGCAUUUUGCAUUUUGUGUGUGCAGUUUUGGGAAUUGUGUGUAGAGUUUUGAAAAAAGGAGACAUAGUUUUGAAAACGUGUGUAAGCAGUUGGAAAAAACUGUAAAAGCACAGUCAACUUAGUGUAUGUAAACCUCUGACCCACUGGAAUUGUGAUACAGUGAAUUAUAAGUGAAAUAAUCUGUCUGUAAACAAUUGUUGGAAAAAUUACUUGUGUCAUGCACAAAGUAGAUGUCCUAACCGACUUGCCAAAACUAUAGUUUGUUAACAAGACAUUUGUGGAGUGGUUGAAAAACGAGUUUUUAAUGACUCCGAUUUGUACUGAAUUGUGUAUUGUGCUGUUGGUGGUUGUGUUCUGUGUGUGCAAAGAAUGUGGUAACGACUUGCCUUGUUUGUCAAGAUGUGUGUGUGUGAACGAUGUUAUGGUCAACAGUGUGUGAAUGAUGCGUAUACCACGUGUGUCUCUUGGGACUGUGUGUGUGCAUGGGUCUUUGUUUUGGGUGUGUGUGUGUGUGUGUGUGUUGUGUUGUUGUUUGGGUGUGUGUGUGUGUGUUGUUGUUGUGUGUUGUGUGUUUGGUGUGUGUGGUGUGUGUGUGUGUUGUGGUUGUGUGUGGUGUGUUUGUGUGUGUUGGUUGUGUGUGUGUGUGUGUGUGGUGUUGUAUUUGUUUUGGUGUGUGUGUUUGUGGUUGUGUGUGGUUGUGUGUGUGUUGUGGUGGGUUGUUGGUGUUGUUUGUGUGUGUGGGUGUGUUUUGUGUGUGGUGUGUGUGUUGGUGUGUUGUGUUUGUUUGGGUGUUGUUUGUAGUGUGUGUUGGUGUGUGGUGUGUGGGUUGGUGUUUGUUCUUGUGGUGUGUGUGUUGUGUGGUGGUGUGUGUGUUUUUUGGGUUGUGUGUGUGUGUGUGUUGGUUGUGUGUGUGUUUGUGUGUGUUGGUUUGUGGGUGUUGGAUGUGUUUGUUGUUUGUGUGUGUUUGGGUGUGUGUUCGUGUGUUGUUUGUGUGUGUGUGUUUGUUGUUGUGGGUGUGUGUGUGUGUGGGUUGUGUGUUGUGUGGUGUGUGUGUGUGUGUGUGGGUGUUGUGUGGGUGGUGUGUGUGUGUGGUGUGUGUGUGUGUGUGGGUGUGUUGUGUGUUGGUGUGUGUGUGUGGUGUGUGUGUGUGUGUGUUGUGUGUGUGUGUGUGUGUGUGGGGUGGUGGUUUGUGUGUGUGUGUUGUGUGUGUGUGGGUGUGUUGUGUGUGUGUGGGGUGUGUGUGUGUGUUGUGGUGUGUGUGUGUGUGUGUGUGGGUGUGUGUGGUGUGGGUGUUGGGUGUGUGUGUGUGUGUGUGUGUGUGUGUGUGUGUGUGUGUGUGUGUGUGUGUGUGUGUGUGUGGGUGUGUGUGUGUGUGUGUGGGUGGGUGUGUGUGUGUGUGUGGGUGUGUGUAUCACUCCCAGUUGACAAUAGGACUAGAGCAGAAGCACUGAAUCAGUCACUUAUUGUGGCUUCCUCUUCACCCAUCCCUCUCUCUCUUUUGUUCUCUCAGAAGUUGCAGUGUGUGUGUGAGCACAAUACCUGUGGGGAGAGCUGUAAUGAGUGUUGCCCCGGCUACCACCAGGAACCGUGGCAACCGGGAACCCUCUCCGAUGGCAACACAUGCGAGAGUAAGCGGGACUUGGUCUUUAUGGGCCUAAGUAAAAUAUCAUACUGUUAAUGUUUGCCAGUUGUCACUUAGUAAAUAAAGGCAUGGGAAUUACAUUCUGGAUUUAGACUUGAUUUAAAGUGUGCCAGAUCAGAUAAAAUGACUUCUUCACGCUUUCAAUUAUAUCCACUUGCAUGUCUCACUCAUUCAUUGACAUGAAAUAGCUUUUUGUUUCCUAUCCCUAUGGUGAUUUUAACUCAUUUAUAUAAUGUUUUAUAUCAAUAGCUAUUAAGCAGAUUUAGCCAAGGGGUUUUCCAAGCUUUUUAUGAAAAUGUGGUAUUUUAAUUAAAACUGAACAGUAUGCAUAUAUUCUCAAUAAUAAACUACCCUUCAACUACUCUCCCAUUGAGAUGCAUUAAAAGUUAUCUGACCUGUGAAUUAUCCUCGUCCACUAGAAUGUAACUGCCACGACAAGGCCAACGACUGCUACUUCAACCAGACGGUGGCCAACCGCAAGAUGAGCAUGAACUUGCAUGGUGACUUCCAUGGCGGGGGCGUUUGCAUCAGCUGUACCAAGAACACGGCCGGUGUCAACUGUGAGACCUGCGCAGAUGGCUUCUACAGGCCCCACAAGGUACUGUCCCCUCAUUGAUCCUGUUCAUCGAUGCCCACUUUGUGUCCCUAUGGUCCGCCGUAAGACAUUUUGGCAGGUCACAUCAAAAUGGCUAGCGGACCGGAUUUGGCUCGCGGUCCGCCAGUUGAAGACCCCUGCCGUAAACCAAUGCCCUCUUUCUGUCCCUAGGGUCCCCGUAAUCCAAUCCAUCAAUAUGGUCCCCGUUUCCUGAGGACCCCCGUGGUCUUCUUUUGUGUCUCCGCUUAGUGGCAUUUCUAUGUACUGUUUUGUACAUGCCCAUUGUCUUGUGAUUGGCCAAUAAAAUCAUUGUGUAUGCGCCUGAUUACAGACACUACCUAGUCUGGGUCAUGUGGCUCAGUGAAAGAAUACAAUUACUGUAGAACCCAACUAUAUUGGUGUGAUGGCCUUUGCUUGGAUGGAUGAAUGGCGAUUUAUUAAACUUGUAAUUGCAGUGUGUACCUUGUGUGGAAUGUGAAUGGUCAAUUGUGUAUUUGUUUCGUCCUGUGUGCGUGCCUGCGUGAGUGUAGGUGUCGCCGUACAAUGAGAACCCGUGUGUGGAGUGCAGCUGUGACAUGAGGGGGUCUUUGACUCCUGCUUGCAUCAGAGAUGACAACCACGCCAAGCCUGAGAAAGGUACAAAGAUCCUAUUCAUUCAGAUAUUUCUUAAUUUAGGUAUUACUGCGCUGUUGGAGUUAGGAACAUAAGCAUUUCGCAGCACCGGCAAUAACUAUAGGCUAUACAGAGGGUAGUGCGUACGGCCCAGUACAUCACUGGGGCCAAGCUUCCUGCCAUCCAGGACCUCUAUACCAGGCGGUGUCAGAGGAAGGCCCUCAAAAUUGUCAAAGACUCCAGCUACCCUAGUCAUAGACUGUUCUCUCUGCUACCGCACGGCAAGCGGUACCGGAGCGCCAAGUCUAGGUCCAAAAGGCUUCUCAACAGCUUCUACCCCCAAGCCAUAAGACUCCUGAACAGCUAAUCAUGGCUAUCCGGACCACUUGCACUGCCCCCCCACCCCCACCCCAUCUUUUUACGCUGCUGCUACUCUGUUAAUUAUUUAUGCAUAGUCACUUUAACUCUACCCACAUGUACAUAUUACCUCAACUACCUCAACUAGCCGGUGCCCCCGCACAUUGACUCUGCACCGGUACCCCCCUGUAUAUAGCCUCCCUACUGUUAUUUUAUUUUACUUCUGCUCUUUUUUUCUCAACACUUUUUUGUUGUUGUUGUUUUAUUUUACUUUUUUAUUAAGAAAUAAAUGCAUUGUUGGUUAAGGGCUGUAAGUAAGCAUUUCACGGUAAUGUCUACACCUGUUGUAUUCGGCACAAAUAACAUUUGAUUUGAUUUGAUUUUGAACAUCUGCAUAAUAAUGUUUUGAAACCCCCAAUAAUGUUUUUUUUUCAGCUUGUGUUAAAAACAUACCUGCAUAGGUCAGUAUAGCUCUGAAUAUCUACCAAACUCAUUAUAGGAUAUGGGAGAUAAGGACACUUUUAUUUUGGGGGGUAUUCAGAAGACUUGGCCCACUACAUGUACAGUAAUUCAGAGUAUAUUAUAUUUUGCCUACAGUAACCUAUCACAAAUUCUCUUAUCUAUCUUUUGGACAUUAUAGCAAAGCAAUACAUACUCAAAUUACACUAUAGAGAUAUGUAGCACAUAUCCUGUAAGAGCCUAUACUAUUCUAGGCUAUACUAUACUAAUAUGAUGCCAUUUAGCAGACGCUUUUAUCCAAAGCGACUUACAGUCAUGCGUGCAUACAUUUUUAUGUAUGGGUGGUCCCGGGGAUUGAACCCACUACCUUGGCAUUACAAGCGCCAUGCUCUACCAGCUGAGGUACAGAGGACCACACACUAUAGGCUAUACAUUUUAGUCAUUUAGCAGACGCUCUUAUCCAGAGCGACUUACAUGAGCAAUUAGGGUUAAGUGCCUUGCUUAAGGGCACAUCAACAGAAUUUUCACCUAUUCAGCUCGGGGAUUAGAACCAGCGACCUUUCGGUUACUGGCACAACACUCUUACCCACUAAGCUACCUGCCGCCCUAUACUAUUCUAUAGAUUAUACUAUACUAUAGGCUAUACAUUUACAUUUUAGUCAUUCAGCAGAUGCUCUUAUCCAGAGCGACUUACAGUUAGUGAGUACAUUUUUCAUACUGGCCCCCCCGUGGGAAUCUAACCCACAACCCUGGCAUUGCAAACACCAUGCUCUACCAACUGGAGGCCUGUAGCUCAGUUUGUAUAUUCUAUAGGCUAUACUAUUCUAUAUACUAUACUAUACUAUACUAUAGGCUAUACUAUACUAUAGACUAUACUAUUCUAUAGACUAUACUAUACUAUACUAUUCUAUAGGCAAUACUAUACUAUAGGCUAUACUAUACUAUACUAUACUAUACUAUUCUAUAGACUAUACUAUACUAUUCUAUAGACUAUACUAUACUAUUCUAUAGACAAUACUAUACUAUAGGCUAUACUAUACUAUACUAUACUAUAGACUAUACUAUAGACUAUACUAUUCUAUAGACUAUACUAUUCUAUAGACUAUACUAUACUAUACUAUAUACUAUACUAUAGACUAUACUAUUCUAUAGACUAUACUAUACUAUUCUAUAGACUAUACUAUAUCUAUUCUAUAGCUACUAAUACUAUCUAUAGGACUAUACUAUACUAUACUAUACUAUAGCCUCUAUACUAUACAUAUACUAUACUACUAUGACUAUACUAUUCUAUAGACUAUACUAUACUAUACUAUUCUAUAGACUAUACUAUACUAUUCUAUAGGCAAUACUAUACUAUAGGCUAUACUAUUCUAUAGGCUAUACUAUACUAUACUAUACUAUAGGCUAUACUAUACUAUAGACUAUACUAUUCUUAUAGGACUAUACUAUACUAUACUAUAUCUAUAGCCUACAUAACUAUAUACUAUAGGCAUACUAUACUAUAGCUAUACUAUACUAUAUACUACAUACUAUACAUAUACUAUCUUCUAUAGAUACUGUAACUAUAUCUAUACUAUUCUAUAGGCAAUAUACUAAUACUAUACUAUACAUACUAUUUCUAUAGACUAUACUAUACUAUAGCUAUACUAUACUAUACUAUAGCUAUUAUUACUAUUAGGAUAUACUAGUCUAUAGCUAUUACUAUACUCUUAUAUAGCUAACUAUACUAUUUAGACUAUACUAGAAUAUACUAUACUAUAGGCUAUACUAUUCUAACAGGACCUAUUCUAUACUAUACUAUUUUAAUAACCAUACUAUAAUAUUAAUAUACUAUUAACUAUAGACUAUCCUAUUCUAUAGUUACUAAUACUAAAACCUAAUUACUAUUCUAUAGGCAAUUACUAUACUAUACUAUACUAUAGGCUCUACUAUUAUACAGAACUAUUCUAUACUAUACUAUACUACUACUAUACUAUACGUAUACUAUAACUAUAGACUUACUAUUCUAUAGACUUAUCUAUACUAUACUAUUACUAUUCUAUAGGCAAUUACUAUACUAUAGGCUAUACUAUUCUAUAGACUAGACUAGACUAUACUAUACUAUACUAUACUAUAGCUAUACUAUACUAUAGACUAUACUAUUCUGUUGUCUUUGUAAUUUACGUGCCGUCUGACUGUGCGUUGCAGGUCGAACUCAGGCCAGUGUCUGUGUAAGGAGGGCUUUGCGGGCGAGCUCUGUGACCGCUGUGCCUUUGGCUACAGGGACUUCCCCCUGUGUUCACGCUGUGAGUGCAGUCUGGAGGGCAGCCUCAACAUCGACCCAUGCUCAGAGUGCAUCUGCAAGGUAACACUGGGGUUUAACUGUGGGGAACACGGCACUAUUACGGUUUGACUUAAAAAUGUAUGCACUCACUAACUGUAAGUCGCUCUGGAUAAGAGCAUCUGCUAAAUGUCUAAAAUGUAAAUGUAACUGUGCUGCUAAAGUGGUGGAUUUGGGGUGUGGGGUUGUGUGUGUGUUUAGGGGUCGAGGUGGGGUUGUGUGUGGGGGUCAGGGGUGGGGUUGUGUGUGUGUUUAGGGGUCGAGGUGGGGUUGUGUGUGGGGGUCAGGGGUGGGGUUGUGUGUGUGUUUAGGGGUCCAGGGGUGGGGUUGUGUGUUUAGGGGUCGAGGUGGGGUUGUGUGUGGGGGUCAGGGUUGGGGUUGUGUGUUUAGGGUCGAGGUGGGGUUUGUGGGUGGUGGGGGUGGUGUGGUAGGGGAGGGGGUCGGGAGGGGUUGUGGGUUGGUUUAGGGGGUGAGUGGUGUUGUGUGUGGUUAGGGGUCAGGGGGGGUGUGUGGGUGUUAGGGUGAGGUGGGUUUGUGGGGUCAGGGGGGUGUGUGUGUUUGGGGGGGGGUGUGUGUUUGUGUGUGGGGUUGAGGUGGGGGGUUGUGGUGUGUGGUGUUUGUCGGGGGGGUGUGUUGUGUGGUGUGUAGGGGAGGGGUGUGUGUGUAACGGUGAUGAUUAACCAUAUGAUGUUCCUACAAAACCAAACACCCUAACUUCCACUGUGUCUCUGUUUCAGGAGAACGUGAUGGGGGCCAACUGUGACCUGUGUAAGCAGGGUUUCUUCAACCUGGAGGUCAGUGAUCCAGAGGGCUGCACAGAGUGUUUCUGCUUCGGUGUGUCUGACGUGUGUGAGAGUUCACCCUGGUCUUGGUCUCAGGUAACACACCGUAACACCCACAUCCAAAUACACCCUCAUUGUGAAUAUGUUCCUUUAGAAUAUCCAAACUAUGCAGCAAGCAACUCAUGGUUCAGCAUAGUUUUGUUGGGAGCCUUUAAACUAUUUCUUACUGUAGAACUCAUUAACAUAUAACCAGUAAAUUGGAUCGGCCUGUGAUGUUCUCAUGACGAGUUCAUAGAACGAAGUUCUUGUCACGAUCGUCGAAGGAAGAGGACCAAGGUGCAGCGUGAAAUGCGAACAUACUUUAUUAUCAAUGGUGAUAACACGAACAAAACAAUAAACGAUAACGUGACGUCCUAGGUCUAAACACAACCAACACGGAACAAGAUCCCACAACUACUGUGGGAAAACAGCCUGUCUAAAUGUGGUUCCCAAUCAGAGACAACCAGCAACAGCUGACACUCGUUGCCUCUGAUUGAGAACCACUCUGGCCAACAUAGAAAUAGAACAACUAGAAACUACAACACAGAAUACAAACACAUAGAAUCUACACACCCUGGCUCAACAUAAUGAGUCCCCAGAGCCAGGGUGUGACAGUUCUCUCCUUGCCCACAGACUGUGCACUCCAAUGGAUGGCUCCUUCCCACCAAAAGCUUAUCUGUCUACACGGCACCCCUCACUGAUGAAGACAACAACCUCUUCGUCCCAAACAUCACCAUGAUCCAAUCAUACCGUUUUCUUUCUACAUGGGCCGCCCCGGAGUCCUUCCUGGGGAAAAGGGUACGUUUCGUUAGCAUAUACUGUACCUAUGCAGUCCCUUAUUCCUUUUGAGCUCAAAGCUCCAGUGGCAUUAGCAUUAGCUCUCUCAUUUUGCUGUUCAAAUAGCUAAUGACCUGCAUGUAUUAGCUUCAAACAAAUUGAUUUUACAAUCCUCUCUCCCUAGGGAUCUCUCGCUCUCAUUCUCUCUCUCUGUCUCUCUCUUUCGCUCUCUCUCUGUCUCUCUAUCUCUCUGUCUCUCUAUCUCUCUGUCUCUCUAUCUCUCUGUCUGUCUCUCUCUCUCUCUCUCUCUCGCUUCUCUCUCGCUCUCUCUCUCUCUCUCUCUCUCUCUCUCUCGUGCUCCUCCUCGCUCUCUCUCUCUCUCUCUCUCCACCCCCCCCUCUCUCUCUCAAUUAAAUUAAAUUAAAUUAAAUUUCAAUUCAAUUCAAUUCAAUUGUGCAAUUUCAAUUUAAGGGCUUUAUUGGCAUGGGAAACGUAUGUUAACAUUGCCAAAGCAAGUGAGUAGAUAGUAAACAAAAGUGAAAUAAAACAAUAAAUAUUAACAGUAAACAUUACACUCAGAAGUUCCAAAAGAAUAAAGACAUUUCAAAUGUCAUAUUAUGUAUAUAUACAGUGUUGUAACGCUCUCUCUCUCUAUCUCUCUCGCUACUGUAUUUCUCUCUCUCUCAUUCAUCAUUCAUUCAUUCUCUCUCUCUCUCUCUCUCUCUCUCUCUCUCUCUCUCUCUCUCUGUCUCUCUCUGUCUCUCUCUCUCUCUCUCUCUAUCUCUCUGUCUCUGUCUCUCUCUCUGUCUCUCUCUCUCUCUCUCUCUCUCUCUCUCUCUCUCUCUCUCUGUCUCUCUCUCUCUCUGUCUCUCUCUCUCUCUCUCUCUCUCUCUCUCUCUCUGUCUCUCUCUCUCUCUCUGUCUCUCUCUCUCUCUGUCUCUCUGUCUCUCUCUCUCUCUGUCUGUCUGUCUCUCUCUCUCUCUGUGUCUGUCUCUCUCUCUCUCUCUCUCUCUCUCUCUCUCUCUCUCUCUCCCUGAAGCGAUUAGAUUUCCACCCAUCCUCUCCUAUCCUCCCACUGUGUGUUAAUACAGGGUGCCAUGUAAUUAUAGUCAAGCAGGGCCAGGUCCUUUAUUAAUCCCUGAGUUAAUGAUGUUCCACUCAUUAGAACCCUGUCUAAUAUGUUUUCUACCCAUUAGUCCCUCAGGUGAUUAGAGUUAAUUAAUUAAUUAAUUAGAAUGAGUCAUUAUCUAUGGCAUGUCCUUAAUAUCGGGUGGGAGGGAGAGAUAGAGAUAGAAGCAGCAUUUAUCCUGAAGGGCCUGAUUUCAUGUCAGUAUUUAGUGUGACGAAUUUCCACUAUUUCAUAUUUGCUGUAGGUACUGUUUUCUUGAAUGUAACACUCUCUCCCUUUUUCCAAUUUUCCCUGUUCCCUUUUCUCAUUGCUAUGUGAAGCUGACAUCGUACGGAGGGUUUUUGAACUACAGUGUGGCGUAUGAUGUUUCAGUGGACAACGUGGACAAGUCUCUGCCGUCACAGUUCGAAUUGAUUAUCGAGGUAAGCUACUAUUGGGCUAACAAAAUAUUGGGCUAACAGAUAUUGGGCUAACAGGUAGAAUAGCGUUUAGAGAGGCUGCUGGUUUCAAAUCCUAGAUGCCAUUGCCUGCCAUUCUGCCCUUGAGCAAAGCACUUAACCCCCCAUAACAACAGCUCCCCGGGUGCCCAGUGUGGCAGCCCCGCCGCACCUCUCCAAAAAACCUGUAUAUGUAUGUGUAUGUCCUGUAUGUGUGUCUUUCGGAGGGGUUGGGUUAAAAGUGGAAGUCAAUUUUCGGUUGGAGCUUGUGUGCAAUUGACCAAUAAAGCAAUUUGAUCUUAUUGUUUUCAACCUGGCUAUGAUAUUAACAAUAUGUAAGUGCAAUGGAAAGCAAGACUAACUAAAAACCCUUCCCACUGGGCACAGACGUCAGUUCAACUUCUAUUUUUUAUUUACAUUUGGUUGAGUUGUCAACUAACGUGAAUUCAACGUGAAAUCCCAAAAUAAAUUCACCAUGACAUUGGAUUUAGGUUCAAAGUUGAGUGAAAAAAAAGAAUAUAUUCCCGUAUGUUGAUGACUUCUUGCAAAUCCAAUCAGUUUUCCAUCUUGAUUCAAUGUCAUCACAUUUUUGUUGUUAUUGUUGAAAUGACGUGGAAACAAUGUUGAUUCAAACAGUUUUUGCCCAGUUGGUAGUUUAAACGAAAAACCUCUAUCCCCUAGCUCUUCAGUGAUUGCAGACCUGAAGGAGUCAUAUAGAUGAUUGCAGAAUCACCCCGGCCUAAAUCUAAAACUAUUCUAAAGGGUUGAUUAUACCAACCCCUGAACCUACAUCAGGUCGUCAUUGUAAAUCAAAAUGUGUUGCUAACGGCCUUGUUUGGAUGUGUCCCCAGGGGAACGGGAGGACCCUGCGUCAGACGCCCCCCAGGCAGCUCUUCCUGACGCCCCUGCGUGAGCAGCAUGUUGCUGUGGAGCUCUUGCCACAGGGCUUCGUAGACCUGCACACGGGUCAGAGGGUGGACAGGGUCGAGCUGAUGACCGCACUGGCCGACGUGGCUGGACUGAGGAUCAGAGGUCACCUCAAUGCCAGCGCAGAAGGGGCACUCAGGUUGAGCAAUGUAUCUCUGGACAUGGUAGACAUCAAUUCUGCUAACCCAGUCAAGGCCCGGGACGUGGAGCAGUGUGAGUGCCCCUGGGGCUACUCGGGCAUAUCCUGUGAGGUAAACACCCAGGUCAUGUGACGGUGGCCAGGUUCAUACUGUUUACUACUGUAGGUGUCUAGUCAAGUUUGUUAAUGAUUUGAGCUGCAUCCGUUGUAAAAGCAAAGUUCAUUAUGCUUUUCAGUUGGCUUUGUUAGUUAGAGUUAGAAGAAGAGCAUGGUGUUGGCAACAAUGUUGUGGGUUCAAUUCCAACAAAACCCACAUAUUUUGAAUACGUGUUAACUAUGUGUCACUUUAGGUGAACACAACUGCUAAAUGAUUAUGUUAUAGUUCUCUUUGUGUUUGUAGUACUGUAUGUCUGGAUUCAGAGGAGGCUGGUGGGAGGAGCUAUAGGAGGACGGGCUCAUUGUAAUGGCUGGAAUAGAAUGAACAAAACGGUAUCAAACACAUCAAACAUACUUUGGGUAAAAGCGACCGCUUAAUGAUGAUGUUAUUGUUCUCUGUGUGUUUGUAGUACUGUAUGUCUGGGUUCUAUCGUGUCGGGGGCAUCCUGUUCGGAGGCAACUGUCUCCAGUGUGAGUGUAACGACCAUGCUAAGGAAUGUGACAUCAACGGAGUGUGUCUGGUGAGUCCUCUAUCUGCCCCAUGUCAUGUUUAGACAGUGGGGGGUCAGAGAAGUAGAUAUUUGACCCAUAGAUAUACAAUAUACUGUAUGUAGUCAUUCCAUACAUAUGUCAAUGAAGUCUGUCUGGCUAGUCACUACUAUAUGCAGUGGGGGGCCAUAGACAUAGAUAUAUGACACUUAGAUAUCCCAUACAUGUACAGCUAUGGCUUGUUUGUUAGCUCGACGCGUGAUCUCAACUACUUCCACCACCAUCUGUGUAAAAUAAGGACGUGGUCUCAUCUAGCUGUUUAUCUGAUCCUAACAUCUCCACUAGAUAACCUCUGAACUGGUCAGAGCUUCACUUAGAUUUGAGAUUUUAGUCAUUUAGCAGAUGCUCUUAUCCAGAGCGACUUACAGUUAGUGAGUGCAUGCAUUUUUUCUCUCCGUACUUCACAGUUAGAGGCUACACCAAUGAGCAAACCCCCAGUAGGAAGCUUCCUGGCUUGAGCUGUGUUUGUUGACAGCCAUAAUGAUGAAUCACUCUUCUAUGCUGUGUCUGAAAUGGCAUCCUAUUCCCUAUGUAGUGCACUACUUUUGGCUAGAGCCUCCAUCCUAUUCCCUAUGUAGUGCACUACUUUUGGCUAGAGCCUCCAUCCUAUUCCCUAUGUUGUGCACUACUUUAUAGGGAAUAGGGUGCCAUCUUGGGCUCUGUUUCAAUUGAAUUCCUCGCUUUAUUGGAUGACAAGUUAAUGCUGUGUUAGGCGUUUAAAUGGCGUGCGGCAAAGCAGUGAUUAUCCUUUGGCUACUGCCAGGCAUCCGUUCGGUCAAUGUACUAUGUAAAUCAAAAGACAUGCUAAAGCUAGUAGCUACAACAUUCAAUUGCAUUAGUGAAAAUGCUUCACUUUGCGGUUAGGUUUAGCAGCUUGGUGCAGUUAAAGGGAUAGUUCACUUUUUAGGAGCUUUAUUUUCGACUUACCUAGGGUGUUCAUCCAAACAGUUUUUAAAAAAUGUGAAAUAAUCUAAAACUUCAAAAAGUUAACUAUCCCUUUAACAUGGCAGUGGAUGUUGAGACAUCCCAAUAAAUGUUGGUUGCUAUGGUGUGUCAAUGGCAGCUUAAGGGCAUGUGUGUCAUGUCAGAAAUACGUUUUAUCCGGGCACUGUCGCCUUAAAUCUUUCCCCAGGACUGUACUCACAAUACCACUGGGCCCCACUGUGACCAAUGCCUCCACGGUUACUAUGGCGACCCCACUGAGGGCACCCCGGAGGACUGCAGGAGAUGCGCUUGCCCGCUGACAGUGGCGACGAACAAGUGAGUGACUGUGCCAACUCUGUGCCAACAUGCCAUUAAUUUAGAUUCUAGAACCCCUCUCCAUGGCGAUAGAUGGGUCAAAUAUGUGUGGACGCUGGGUGGUGGAGAGUAUGGCCGAUAUUGGUUAUUGUAGGUUUCAUGUCAACAACAGAAUGUUUCAACUGUACCAGGUACUUUAUUGCUUUAUUUAAUGACGGGUAGGUUAGCUGUUGUGUGAAUUGAUUCCAAGCAUAAACUUAGUGCUGGUGUUUCUCAAUUUUAGGGAGUGGAAGGGGUGAGAUCUCCACUCAUACAAUAUGAAAUGCUUAAAGUUUGAGAAAAGCCCUAUGCUCUAGCUCUUACUAGUUAAUGUGAUGUCAUCAUUCACACUCCUGGUCUCUUCUUCAGUUUCAGCCCCACCUGUGUCCUGGAGGGCCCUGGGCAGGUGACAUGUGACCAGUGCCAGCAUGGUUACACUGGGACUAAGUGUGAGAGGUAUGGAGAGUAAAUGUUCUUAAACCUUAUCCUGUCAGUUUGACCUUCUCUUCACUUCUUAAACCUGUACUAUAUAAUCAGAUACACAGAGCAUUCGGAAAGUAUUCAUACCCCUUGACUUUUUCCACAUUUGGAUAUGUUACCUUAGCAUUAUUCUAAAAUGGUUUAAAUUGUAUUUUCUUCUUCUCACCAAUAUACACACAACACCCCAUAAUGACAAAGCAAAAACUGGGAUGGGGAGCGUCGCUGCACAGUCUGGGCUUUGGCUGGGCCACUCAAGGACAUUCAGAGACUUGUCUGAAGCCACUCCUGCAUUGUCUUGGCUGUGUGCUUAGGGUAUUUGUCCGAUUGGAAGGUGAACCUUCACCCCAGUCUGAGGUCCUGAGCGCUCUGGAGCAGGUUUUCAUCAAGGAUCUCUCUGUACUUUGCUCCAUUCAUCUUUCCCUCGAUCCUGACUAGUCUCCCAGUCCCUGCCGCUGAAAAACAUCCCCACAGCAUGAUGCUGCCACCACCAUGCUUCACCGUAGGGAUGGUGCCAGGUUUCCUCCAGAUGUGACGCUUGGCAUUCAGGCGAAAGAGUUCAAUCUUUGAUUCAUCAAACCAGAGAAUCUUGUUUCUCAUGGUCUGAGAGUCCUUUAGGUGCCUUUUGGCAAACUCCAAGCGGGCUGUCAUGUGCCUUUUACUGAGGAGUGCCUUCUGUCUGGCCACUCUACAAUAAAGGCCUGAUUGGUGGAGUGCUGCAGAGAUGGUUGUCAUUCUGGAAGGUUCUCCCAUCUCCACAGAUGAAGUCUGGAGCUCUGUCAGAGUGACCAUCGGGUUCUUGGUUACCUCCCUGACCAAGGUCCUUCUCCCCCGAAACAUCUUAAGGAUGAUCAAUGGAAACAGGAUGCACCUGAGCUCAAUUUCGAGUCUCAUAACAAAGGGUCUGAAAACUUAUGUAAAUAAGGUAGUUCAGUUUUUUUAAUUUUUUAUACAUUUGCAACAAUUUCUAAAAACGUGUUUACGCUUUGUCAUUGUGGGGUAUAGUGUGUAGAUAAAAAAUGUAUUUAAUCCAUUUUAGAAUAAGGCUGUAACGUAACAAAAUGUGGAAAAAGUCAUGGGGUCUGAAUACUUUCCGAAUGCACUGUAUUUCACUUGUACAUCUAAACACAUAGUAAAAUACUUAUAACAGUUUACAUGGGAAAAUUAUAAGUGAAACUCAGUUACAAUACUUUAAUACUAGUCUCAACCAUUUAACUAAUAGUUUAUUGUAUUAUUUGUUAAUCUUCGAACUUUGACUUCUACAGGUGUGCUAACGGUUACCACGGUGACCCGAAGGUGGCGGGCCAGGAGUGUGUGGUGUGUGAGUGUAACGGUAACGUGGACCCCUGGGAGCCGGGCCACUGUGACCCCAGCAGCGGUGUGUGUCUGAAGUGUCACAGCCACACCAGCGGAGACCAGUGUGAGAGGUGCGAAGACGGCUACUACGGUGACGCCAUCACUGCCAAGAACUGCCAGGGUAAGAGAGCUGUGAUGAUGACGAGGAAGAUGAUGAAGAUGAGGAUUCUUCCACAGAUCCCCACACAGUUACAUAUACACGACAAGCAACAUCCCUCACCACCAUGUACUGAACAUGCUAGUUAACACUAAACUUGCUCAUCCAUCUAACUGCAGUCGAUGAUACGUACCGAACUACAACACAGAAUGACAUAGUGAGAAUAGACAUGAAAUAGACACUUUUGCUCAUUUCUGAGUAGCAGUUAGCAAGUCAGGAAUGGUGAGUGAAGAACGUGGCCAACCGACCACAGAUGAAAUCUCAACUUUGACCUAUACCUGCUCCCCCCCCCCCCCCCCCAACAUCACGUCCUUAGACCUAAUCCUAACAAUAAUGUAUGUUAUGGGUCAGGACCCAUAUUCACAAAGCGUCUCAGCGUAGCAGUGCUGAUCUGGGAUCAGGUUCCACCUUAUCCAUGUAAUCUCAUUCAUUAUGAUCUAUAAGGUAAGACUGAUCCUAGAUCAGCACUCCUUUUCUGAGACGCAUUGUGAAUACAGACCCAGACAUGUUACCUCAGGCAUUGUGAGGUCAAAGGUCAGGUUAAAUCCCUGUCUGAAUAUGAUAUGGCAUGGCACCAGGCCUCAUAGGGAAGCUUAUGAACAGCGUAUUAAUGUCUAAUAACCAUCACAUGAAGCUUUAUAAUCCCCUUGGCCUUUGGGGGCGGCAGGUAGCAUAGUGGUUAAGAGCGUUGUGCCAGUAACCGAAAGGUCGCUGGUUCUAAUCCCAGAGCCGACUAGGUGAAAAAUCUGUUGAUGUGCCCUUGAGCAAGGCACUUAACCCUAAUUGCUCUUGUAAGUCGCUCUGGAUAAGAGCGUCUGCUAAAUGACUAAAAUGUAAAAAUGGGUAUGGUAAUACUGCAGGCUUCUCAUUCCCAGACCUGGUUUUGUGACAAUGUCUGCAUUCCACAACAUUGACAAUGCAUGUAUGUUAUGACAAUAGGAAUGUUCUAUUCAUAGGGAGAUAUGUGGAUGGAUUCAGUCAUUACCUAGAAUGUAACUUAUUUGGACAUCAAACAUGGUCCAAAAUAUUGUGAUGGAUGUGCAAUUUUACUUCAGAUGUGUGUUUACUUGUCAUGAAAGACAACUGUAGAAGAGCUCUUUGUAAUGGAUAGAGUGACAUCUAGGGGAACAUCGCAAUACUGCAAGUCUUGCGUACCUUCACCCGUUCAGCCUCAUUUCACAAAACUUGCUCAAAUGUCUGCAUAACGUUUAUACUACAUGAAAAAAUAUAUAUAUUCUAUCAUCAAAAUAGAGCUUUGAGAAUUGUAUGAUUAUUUUAAAAUAUACCUCUCAGGUUACCAGUAUUAUUUUCAACACAAAAUUAGAGCAUGAAUCCUGGUGUUAUAAACAUGUACGUUUACGACUAUGUUUUACUCCUAUUUAUCCCCUGUGUAGCUUGUGGUUGCCAUGAAAAAGGGUCGUACUCGGGAGUGUGUGACCUCCUUACUGGACGGUGUACCUGCAAACCCAACGUGGUGGGUGAGAAGUGUGACCAGUGUCAGGUAUGUAGAUUGUAUAGCAUUCUCUAUGUUCAGUUUCAUAUUAUUUUCACAACUUCAAACUCGCAUACUAUAGGGCCAAGAGUUUUUCUGGCUAUAUGGUCGAGUCACAUGGCCAGUCCCUUCUACCCUCCUAGACUAUUUUCCCUGUAAUUCCUCCCAACUUCCAACUCCCCACUCCCACACCUCAUGGAAUAAGUAUUUGGAAUUUGGAAACGGAUACUAAAUUACUAACCCUAAUCCAGGCCAGUCCAUUGGAACACUUAGUUAUCAGUGGGUGUCCAAGGUCUCCCGCUUCUCUCCUCCCCGUGUCCUACUUUCCAAUAGAACCCCCAGCUGGUCUGAAGGCAGUCCAAUGUUUUGGGAAUAUUCAUUAGCACGGUCAGAUUAUCUGUCGGCUCCCUGGCAGAGAGAGGGAGGGAAGGAGGGGGAGAUAUCUUUAGUUGAUUUUUUUUAGGGCAGUAGAGGGGUUUGUUUGGUGGAGGUGGGUGGAGGGGAGCUCUUUGGCUGGGCAGGGGCUGUUCAAAUGUAACCAAAAACACAUGGAUUCAAAACAUCUAGAGAUGGUUAUCUGGAGAAAACAGAGCGCAGUCUUGGCCUUCUCUUUCUCUCAAUAUGUUAACCAAAAAUUACAUUCCAAUUUGCGGAUGUAGAAAUUGAGAGAUGGGGAUGGAAGGGGGUUAGCAGCUUCUCUCUAAUCCCAGAAUUAGAUGAUCUGGCUGGGGUAAAUUCUGACCUAAGGCCUGGCUGUCUGGUUCCUGGUUUUCCAUUGGGUCCAAUUUGGACUGAGAGUUGACAGCUUUGGCAGAGAGGACUGAUAGAGACAGACUCCACCAGUAAUAUUACAGGAGAUAGGAGAUACUUCCUGCCUGUUCAUGUCGAUGGUAACUGAGAUGAUUGGUGACAGUGAGACCCUCUGAUUGAUAGUGACGAUGUCAUUAGAAGUGUUACGUCUAAUGUCACUUGGCCUCCUGCUAUAUGCUCUCUAUCAAGGAUACAGACUCAGAGUAAUACACCUUUUUUUCUGGAUAUACUUGUAUUGAUGUUUUACAGUUUAAGAAAGGUUGAAUGAAUGAUCAAGAGGAUUCUCAGAAGGAUGGAGUCUGCUGGUUAGUUGAUGGAAGUUAGUAACAAUUGGUGUUUUCGUCUGUGUUUUCCAGGUGGGCUUCCACGGUCUUCUCAACGGACAGGGGUGCAGAGAAUGUAACUGUAUCCAGUCAGGAUCUGUGUCCACGGCCUGUGAGGAAGAUGGGCGGUGCCAAUGCAUCCCAGGGGUGGCGGGGGACAAGUGUGACCGCUGUCACCAUGGUUACUUUAACUACCAGGGCAGCGGCUGUACACGUAAGGCCACAAACAUUACCCAAACUUUAACAGACAUUUACAUUUGAGUUUCCUUCUGAUCUGAACUGAUCAUAGUGCUCUCUCCACCCCACUCUCUCUCUCUCUCUCUCUCUCUCUCUCGUUCUCGCUCUCCUCCCCCAUUCAGAGUGUGAGUGUGCCCACACCCAUGGCAACUGUAACGCGACGACAGGCGAGUGUAUCUGUCCUCCCCACACCAGAGGAGAGAAGUGUGAGCUGUGUGAAGAAGGUCACUGGGGUCACGACACUGUGACAGGCUGUAAGGUAAAACCCACCUCUCCUACUGGAAAUGUAUACGCCUUUAUAAGGCCUACAUAUCCCUACAUUGACUAUUUUAAUGCCUACAUAGAUGCUUCAUAAGUUAUAAAUGUAAUAAGCAAAUUCAUAUAACAUAAAAGUUGUUCAUUAAAGCUCAUCUUUGCCCCUUUGUUCCUAGUCAUGUGACUGCAGUGAGGCGGGCAGCUCUGCCACCCAGUGUGGCAUCACAAACGGGCAGUGCCAGUGCCGCUCUGAGUUUGCCGGGCAGAACUGUGACCGCUGCGCCAUGGGCUACAGGGGCUACCCAGAAUGCACGGUGUGCAACUGCAAUACCAACGGCACCAGAGAGGAGUUCUGUGAUGAGGAACUGGGCGUGUGCAGCUGUGAGGCCCCAGGGAACUGUGUGUGCAAGGUACUUAAACUGCUGGUGAAAUUGGUUGAGUGAACAAACAGUAAUCUUGUAUCAUAUGAUGGAAUAUCAUAUCUGUUAUGGCCUAUGAUAGUGUUGUGUUUUAUUGUGUCCGUACGAAGUAUGUUGUCUGUUUAAAUUAAUUGGUCUGUGGUUGCCAGGACAACGUGGGCGGAGGUGGCUGUGAUGAGUGUAAGAAGGGAACCUUCGGCCUAUCUGGUUCUAACCCGGCCGGCUGCAGCCCCUGCUUCUGUUUCGGGGUCUCCUCAGACUGUGAGGAGCUGGGUGGGAUGGUCCGGGUGCUGGUGAGUACAGUCCACUUAUCCAAACCCUCAUCAUCCAGGGGUCUGUUCAGUGAGUUGAAACAUUCAGAACACUACAGAUAGAGAUGUAAGGAAUAAACCCACUGGGCACAGACGUCAGUUCAACGUCUAGUUUUUUUGAGUUUUCAGCUAAUGUGAAUUCAACGUGAAAUCAACAAAAAAGGUCACCAUGUCAUUGGAUUUAGGUUCAAAGUUAGGUGAAAAAAUAUGAAAUGCCGUUGAUUACUUUUUGCAAAUCCAAUCAGUUUUCCACGUUGAUUCAAUGUCAUCACAUAGAUCUUUUGGGUUGAAAUAAUGUGGAAACAAUGUUGAUUCAACCAGUUUUUGCCCAGUGGGGAGCUAUCACUACACUAUUUGCCAUGACAGAUGAAUAUGUCUGUUUGGCACAAUGCAUUUUCUACCUGAAUGUUCUGUAAUUUUUGUUUUCCAUUGAAAAACGUUUUAAAACGUGUGCCAGCUACUGAAUAUUACCCUGGUUUCCUGUUUUAGUCCCGCCCAUCUGCUUCCUGUUCAGAUGGGUGGCUAUGCUAACAGGGUUGAGAAACUGUCCGCCAUUGUCUGAAGGGGUUGAGCGGCCAUCAUUCUGCCAUUUUCUAAACAAAAUACUUAAAAUUCUUUCUAGUCGCUGUCUGGAAUGGCAAUACCUUUGUUUAGUGAUACUCUUAUAUUCUUUAUACAACAACAAUACUGUAUAAUAUCUUGGCUUCUAUUUGUCUGGUUUAUGUCAGAAUCAUUUUCUCUGUCUUGUUUAUAACCUCGUUAGCCAAGAAGCAACCGGCAUGUCAAAUCUAACAAUGUAUCAUGCUUAGAGCCUGGAGUUUUUCCUGAAAAUGCGUCAUGACCAGGAAGAUAUCAUCUAUAAGCUAUUUCCGAGUUCAAAGCUCUUUGGUCAGGUGUAUCCAGAUGUUUUGGCCCAUACUAAUUCUUCAGCUGUACACUAUCUCAUCUGUCUGGAUGAAGAACAAACUCUUUAUCCUCACCACAUCAGUCACUGGCUUCAUCAAUAAGUGCAUCGAUGACGUCGUCCCAACAGUGACUGUACGUACAUACCCCAACCAGAAGCCAUGGAUUACAGGCAACAUCCGCACUGAGCUAAAGGGUAGAGCCACCGCUUUCAAGGAGCGGGACUCUAACCCGGAAGCUUUUUUUUAUUUUUUUACAUUUUUAGUCAUUUAGCAGACGCUCUUAUCCAGAGCGACUUACAGGAGCAAUUAGGGUUAAGUGCCUUGCUCAAGGGCACAUCGACAGAUUUUUCACCUAGUCGGCUCGGGGAUUAGAACCAGCGACCUUUCGGUUACUGGCACGACGCUCUUACCCACUAAGCUACCUAUGCCCUCCGACAAACCAUCAAACAGGCAAAGAUCGACUCGUACUACACCGGCUCCGACACUCGUCGGAUGUGGCAGGGCUUGCAAACUAUUACAGACUACAAAGGGAAGCACAGUCACGAGCUGCCCAGUGACACGAGCCUACCAGACGAGCUAAAUUACUUCUAUGCUCACUUCGAGGCAAGUAACACUGAAACGUGCAUGAGAGCAUCAGCUGUUCCGGACGACUGUGUGAUCACGCUCUCCGUAGCCGAUGUGAGUAAGACCUUUAAACAGGUCAACAUUCACAAGGCCGCAGGGCCAGACGGAUUACCAGGACAUGUACUCCGAGCAUGCGCUGACCAACUGGCAAGUGUUUUCACUGACAUUUUCAACCUGUCCCUGGCCAAGUCUGUAAUACCUACGUUUCAAGCAGACCACCAUAGUCCCUGUGCCCAAGAACACUAAGAUAACCUGCCUAAAUGACUACCGACCCGUAGCACUCACAUCUGUAGCCAUUAAGUGCUUUGAAAGGCUGGUCAUGGCUCACAUCAACACCAUUAUCCCAGAAACCCUAGACCCACUCCAAUUUGCAUACCGCCCCAACAGAUCCACAGAUGAUGCAAUCUCUAUUGCGCUCCACACUGCCCUUUCACACCUGGACAAAAGGAACACCUAUGUGAGAAUACUAUUCAUUGACUACAGCUCAGCGUUCAACACCAUAGUGCCCUCAAAGCUCAUAACUAAGCUAAGGACCCUGGGACUAAACACCUCCCUCUGCAACUGGAUCCUGGACUUCCUGAUGGGCCGCCCCCAGGUGGUAAGGGUAGGUAACAACACAUAUAUCAGCCAUCUGAUUACAAUGAAGAGCAAGAUGUGCCGCUCUGUUCUGGGCCAGCUGCAGCUUAACUAGGUCUUUCUCAGCAGCGCUUGACCACAUGGCUGGACAAUAAUCAAGAUAAGACAAAACUAGAGCCUGCAGGACUUGCUUUGUGAAGACCUCUCCCUAUCUUUACAACCAUUAAAUCUAUAUCACAUCUGCCACGCUGAUCCUCAACACGUGGGCCCCUCAGGGGUGCGCGCUCAGUCCCCUCCUGUACUCCCUGUUCACUCAUGACUGCAUGGCCAGGCACGACUCCAACACCAUCAUUAAGUUUGCCGAUGACACAACAGUUGUAGGCCUGAUCACCGACAACGACGAGACAGCCUAUAGGGAGGUCAGAGACCUGGCCGUGUGGUGCCAGGAUAACAACCUCUCCCUCAACGUGAUCAAGACAAAGGAGAUGAUUGUGGACUACAGGAAAAAAAGAGGACUGAGCACGCCCCCAUUCUCAUCGACGGGGCUGUAGUGGAGCAGGUUGAGAGAUUCAAGUUCCUUGGUGUCCACAUCACCAACAAACUAACAUGGUCCAACCAUACCAAGACAGGAGCGAAGAGGGCACGACAAAACCUAUUCCCCUUAAGGAGACUGAAAAUAUUUGCCAUGGGUCCUCAGAUCCUCAAAAGAUUCAACAGCUGCACCAUCGAGAGCAUCUUGACUGGUUGCAUCACUGACUGGUAUGGCAACUGCUCGGCCUCCGACCGCAAGGCACUGCAGAGGGUAGUGCGUACGGCCCAGUAUAUCACUGUGGCCAAGCUUCCUGCCAUCCAGGGCCUCUAUACCAGGCGGUGUCAGAGGAAGGCCCUUAAAAUUGUCAAAGAUUACAGUUCUCUCUGCUACCGCACGGCAAGCGGUACCGGAGCGCCUAGUCUAGGUCCAAGAGGCUUCUAAACAGCUUCUACCCCCAAGCCAUAAGACUCCUGAACAUCUAAUCAAAUGGCUACCCAGACUAUUUGCAUUUAUUUUUUUUCGCUGCUGCUACUCUCUGUUUAUUAUCUAUGCAUAGACACUUUAAUAGCUCUAACUACAUGUACAUAUUACCUCAAUUACCUCGACUAACCGGUGCCCCCGCACAUUGACUCGGUACCGGUACCCCCUGUAUUUAGCCUCGCUAUUGUUAUUUUUACUGCUGCUCUUUAAUUAUUUGUUACUUUUAUUUCGUAUUAUUUUAUAUAGUAUUUUUUUGUGAUUUUAUGGGGGGUAUUCUUUCUUAAAACUGCAUUUUUGGUUAAGUAAUAAUUUCACUAUAAGGUCUACUACUGUCACGAUCGUCGGGUACAGAGGACCAAAGCGCAGCGUGAAAGGUGAACAUAUUUAUUAAAUAAUGAUAACACGAACAAAACAACAAACGAUAACAUGACGUCCUCGGUCUAACACAAACCACACUGGAACAAGAUCCCACAAACACUGUGGGAAAACUGGCUGCUUAAGUAUGGUCCCAAUCAGAGACAACAAGCAACAGCUGAUACAUGUUGCCUCUGAUUGAGAACCACACUGGCCAACAUAGAAAUACAAAACUAGAACAAAAACAAAUGAAAACUCACACCCUGGCUCAACAUACUAGAGUCCCCAGAGCCAGGGCGUGACAACUACACCUGUUGUAUUCGGCACAUGUGACAAAUAAAAUGUGAUUUGAUUUGAUUAGUCGCUGAAUGCUCCUAAUUAGCUUCAUUUUAAUUGGGUACAAUAGAGAGGAAAUAAAAUGCCCAGAAAGAUGCCCAACAGGAUGCCCAUCUUAGUAAUGCCACGUACGGUGCCUGCUGCUCGCAGCCUGGUGCCCGGCUCAAGGAUGCACGUGCCCUGUGUAGCGUUUAGCUAUGUGUGUGUUUUGUCUAUACACACACUCAUGCGUUUGUGUGUAUCUAUCUGUUCAUACAGAUCACACUGGGCUCUGACCCAGAGCUGCUUCGUGUGGUCAGUCAGAGUGACUUCCAGGGCAGUGUGGAGGGGGUCUACUACCAGACCCCAGACAUGCUGCUGGACACCAGGGAGAUAGAGAGCACCAGCCUGGCUGGACCCUACUACUGGAGGCUUCCCAAACACUACCAGGGAAACAAGGUACACUACACCUCACAUCACUGUUACCUCAUGAAGUGACUAUAUGAGACUUCAGGCCUGGGUUCCAAUAGCAUUUGUGUUCUUUCAUAUAGCUGCAGUUGACUGAGCUUGCCUGGUGCAAUGGAACCAAUGGAAUAGUCACAAAAGUGCAAACCCUUUUCAAUUGGUACUUCCAAAAAUCUAAAAUACUAACACAUCCUUUCUUGUCUUCUCUUUCUAGUUGUUGUCAUAUGGAGGGAAGCUAUCCUACCUGGUGGCAUUCCAUGCUCUGGACGGGGCCGGCCUGGCCAACAACGAGCCCCAGGUCCUGAUGAGGGGGGGUCAUCUGAGGAAGCAGGUCAUCUACAUAGACAUGCCUGCCCCCGACAACGGGGUAAAAACCCGUCAGGACGUCCCACUGACCGAGGUAAGAAGGAGACCAGAAACAAGGCCUAAAGCUGAAGUAGUUUGACUAUCUGGGGUUCGAACCCAAAUGUCCUGCAUGCUAAAAGAAUGUGUUAUCUGGCUGAGCUAAAGCCUACAAAUCCUACUAAUAAUAUAACUAAUAAUAAAAUAAUAAUACAAAUAAUAUAUUACAAUAUAACUAAUAUAAUGCUUUGAUUUCUCUUGAUCAGCACAAGUGGAAGUAUUUCAACUCUGUGUCAGAGAAAGCUGUGAGUCACUCGGACUUCAUGGCGGUCCUGAGCAACAUCGAGUACAUCACCAUCAAAGCCUCUUACGGUACAAGGCUACAGCAGAGCAGGUUAGCACACACACACACACACACACACACACACACACACACACACACACACACACACACACACACACACACACACAGACACACACACACACACACACACACACACACACACACACACACACACACACACACACACACACAUACUAUGUUUGUGUCAACACUAUAAAGUGACUAUCAUAUCAAUCUUGUCAUUGUCUUUCGUUAGAAUCUCCAAUAUCACUAUGGAUACAGCCCUAGAGGCGGAGGAGGGGUUGAAGGGUAUGGAGGUGGCAUGUCUGAUCGAGACGUGUGUGUGUCCAGCUGGCUACGCUGGACUGUCCUGCCAGGUCAGACUGCUUUGAGACAGUUUUUCACAUCUCUCUUGGGGUUGCACGAUCGCCUGUGAUUUGACAGACAUCUUAUCUUGUUAUCCACAAUUUCUUCCCUCAACACCAGUCUUUCUUCCAUUGUAGCGAUAGCCUGUAAUUUCCAUAUACACUAUAUAUACAAAAGUAGGUGGACACCCCUUCAAAUUAGUGGAUUCGGCUAUUUCAGCCACCCCUGUUGCUGACAGGUGUAUAAAAUCGAGCACACAGCCAUGCAAUCUCCAUAGACAAACAUUGGCAGUAGAAUGGCCUUACUGAAGAGCUCAGUGACUUUCAAUGUGGCAGUGUCAUAGGAUGCCACCUUUCCAACAAGUCAGUUCGUCAAAUUUCUGCCCUGCUAGAGCUGCCCUGGUCAACUGUAAGUCCUGUUAUUGUGAAGUGGAAAUAUCUAGGAGCAACAACGGCUCAGCCGCGAAGCGGUAGGCCACACAAGCUCACAGAAUGGGACCGGCGAGUGCUGAAGUGUGUUGUCCUCGGUUGCAACACUUACUACAGAGCUCCAAACUGCCUCUGGAAGCAACAUCAGCACAAUAACUGUUCGUCGGGAGCUUCAUGAAAUGGGUUUCCAUGGCCGAGCAGCCUAAGAUUACCAUGCGCAAUGCCAAGCGUCGGCUGGAGUGGUGUAAAGCUCGCCGCCAUUGGACUCUGGAGCAGUAGAAACGCGUUCUCUGGAGUGAUGAAUCACGCUUCACCAUCUGGCAGUUCAACGUACGAAUCUGGGUUUGGCGGGUGCCAGGAUAACUCUACCUGCCCCAAUGCAUAGUGCCAACUGUAAAGUUUAGUGGAGGAGGAAUAAUGAUCUGGGUCUGUUUUUCAUGGUUCGGUCUAGGCCCCUUAGCUCCAAUGAAGGGAAAUGUAAACGCUACAGCAUACAAUGACAUUCUAGAUGAUUCUGUGCUUCCAAAUUUGUGACAACAGUUUGGGGAAGGCCCUUUCCUGUUUCAGCAUAACAAUGCCCCGUGUACAAAGCAAGGUCCAUACAGAAAUUGUUUAUUGAGAUCGGUGUGGAAGAACUUGACUGGCCUGCACAGAGCCCUGACCUCAACCCCAUCGAACACCUUUGGGAUGAAUUGAAACGCCUACUGUGAGCCAGGCCUAAUCGCCCAACAUCAGUGCCCGACCUCACUAAUGCUCUUGUGGCUGAAUGGAAGCAAGUCCCAGCAGCAAUGUUCCAACAUUUAGUGGAAAACCUUCCCAGAAGAGUGGAGGCUGUUAUCGCAGCAAAGGGGGGACCAACUCCAUAUUAAUGCCCAUGAUUUUGGAAUGAGAUGUUAAGACAAGCAGGUAUCCACAUACUUUUGGCCAUGUAGUGUAUGUUCUGGAUUGUGGUGUUGUCCAUUGAUGUUAACUUGUGUUGUGUGUAGGAGUGUGCCCCUGGCUACUACCGCCAACCAGUGACUGAGCUGAACAGCGGGAAGAGACCGCUGAUCCAGCCGUGUGUGCCCUGCCGUUGUAACAACCACAGCCAGGCCUGCGACCUGGACACGGGAGAAUGCCUGAGCUGCCAACACAACACGGCAGGGGAGCACUGUAGCGUGUGUUCCUCAGGGUACUAUGGGAACGUGAAAGGCUCCAUCAGUGACUGCUCGCUGUGUGCCUGCCCCCUCAAAGAGAACAGGUACCUGUCUCACUCUCCUCUCAGCCACACGUGUUCUGAUAAGUGAGGUGUUCUUGAGUUUAAAUGUCUCAUUCCACACAUACAGUUGAAGUCGGAAGUUUACAUACACUUAGGUUGGAGUCAUUAAAACUAGUUUUUCAACCACUCCACAAAUUUCUUGUUAACAAACUAUAGUUUUGGCAAGUCGGUUAGGACAUCUACUUUGUGCAUGACACAAGUCGUUUACAGACAGAUUAUUUCACUUAUAAUUCACUAUAUAACAAUUCCAGUGGGUCAGAAGUUUACAUAUACUAAGUUGACUGUGGCUUUAAACAGCUUGGCAAGUUCCAGAAAAUAUGUCAUGGUUUUAGAAGCUUCUGAUAGGCUAAUUGACAUCAUUUUAGUUAAUUGGAGGUGUAACUGUGGAUGUAUUUCAAGGACUACCUUCAAACUUACUGCCUCUUUGCUUGACAUCAUGGGAAAAUCAAAAGAAAUCAGCCAAGACCUCAGAAAAUUGUAGACCUCCACAAGUCUGGUUCAUCCUUGAGAGCAAUUUCCAAACGCCUGAAGGUACCACGUUCAUCUGUCCAUAACAAUAGUACGCAAGUAUAAACACCAUUGGACCACGCAUCCGUCAUACUGCUCAGGAAGGAGACGUGUUCUGUCUCCUAGAGAUGAACGUACUUUGGUGCGAAAAGUGCAAACAGGACCUUGUGAAGAUGCUGGAGGAAACAGGUACAAAAGUAUCUAUAUCCACAGUAAAACAAGUCCUAUAUCGACAAACCUGAAAGGCCGCUCAGCAAGGAAGAAGCCACUGCUCCAUAACCGCAAUAUAAAAAAGCCAGACUACGGUUUGCAACUGCACAUGGGGACAAAGAUCGUACUUUUUGGAUAAAUGUCCUCUGGUCUGAUGAAACGAAAAUAGAACUGUUUGGCCAUAAUGACCAUCGUUAUGUUUGGAGGAAAAAGGGGGUCCCUUGCAAGCUGAAGAACACCAUCCCAACCGUGAAGAACGGGGGUGGAAGCAUCAUGCUGUGGGGGUGCUUUGCUGCAGGAGGGACUGGUGCACUUCACAAAAUAGAUGGCAUCAUGAGGAAGGAAAAUUAUGUGGAUAUAUUGAAGCAACCUCUCAAGACAUCAGUCAGGAAGUUAAAGCUUGGUCGCAAAUGGGUCUUCCAAAUGGACAAUGACCCCAAGCAUACUUCCAAAGUUGUGCCAAAAUGGCUUAAGGACAACAAAGUCAAGGUAUUGGAGUGGCCAUCACAAAGCCCUGACCUCAAUCCUAUAGAAAAUAUGUGGGCAGAACUGAAAAAGCGUGUGCGAGCAAGGAGGCCUACAAACCUGACUCAGUUACACCAGCUCUGUCAGGAGGAAUGGGCCAAAAUUCACCCAACUUAUCAUGGGAAGCUUGUGGAAGGCUACCUGAAACAUUUGACCCAAGUUAAACAAUUUAAAGGCAAUGCUACCAAAUUGAGUGUAUGUAAACUUCUGACCCACUGGGAAUAAUAAUAAUAAUAAUAAUAAUAUGCCAUUUAGCAGACCCUUUUAUCCAAAGCGACUUACAGUCAUGUGUGCAUACAUUUUUGUGUAUGGGUGGUCCCGGGGAUCGAACCCACUACCUUGGCGUUACAAGCGCCGUGCUCUACCAGCUGAGCUAUGUAAACUUGGAAUGUGAUGAAAGAAAUAAAAGCUGAAAGAAAUAAUUCUCUCUACUAUUAUUCUGACAUUUCACAUUCUUAAAAUAAAGUGGUGAUCCUAACUGACCUAAGACAGGGAAUUUUUACAAGGAUUAAAUGUCAGGUAUUGUGAAAAACUUAGUUUAAAUGUAUUUGGCUAAGGUGUAUGUAAACUUCAACUUCAACUGUAGUAUAUUUUAAAGAGAUUAAUACACACAUAUUGAUUACACAUUAUUGUAAAGAGCACAUAUUCUAUCUCAUAAAAAAUGGGUUUUCCUUAGAAUGCUGAAGCUAAUUUGGUCUAUAGUGGAGGGGGAUUCAGUGAAUGGGUGUCCUCUGAUAAUAAAGGCUUUAGCCAGCAGAGGGCAGUGAGGAGAUAUAGUAGUCUCUAUAUCACUGUCUGACCUAGUGGAUGACUGUGUACUGUUGUGUGUCAGCUUCAGUCCUACCUGUGCUCUAGAGGGAGUGAUGGGAGACUUCCGCUGUAACGCCUGCAAGCCCGGCUAUGAGGGGCGCUACUGUGAGAGGUAAGAGAGUAUUACAGUGUCACCUGUUGGAUCUCAAGCGUUUCGUUAGAUACCAUCAAUACACCUCUGACUAAGACAACCAUUUUAUUCUCUCUCUCUGUUUCUUUCUUUCUCUCUCUCUCGCCCUCGCUUCCUCUAUCUCUCUAUUCCAUUAUUUCUCCCCCUCACUGUUUCUCCCCCCCCCCCCCCCUCUCUCAGGUGUGCAGUGGGUUACUAUGGGAACCCGUCAGCUUCAGGUGGGAAGUGUGAGGUGUGUCAGUGUAGUACUGCAGGGUCUCUCCAUCCAGCAUGUGACUCGCUGACGGGUCAGUGUGAAUGUAAGGCUGGGGUCAGGGGACACCUGUGUGACCAGUGCGAGGCGAGACACGUCCUGGACGGGGACCAGUGUGUCUGUGAGUAUCCUACUCUUUGAUUUGUGCAGGGCUUACCAUUAUAUGCUUACCAUUAUACUUAGAUGCUUAUAAGGGCAUGUCUGCACACACGUAACCAUGCUCACUCACUCACAGACAUACACACACACACACACACACACACACACACAGACACUCUCACACACACACACACACACACACACACACACACACAAAUAACUGCAACUCCCCCUACCCUCAGCGUGUGAUGAUGAGUGUACCAGGGUGCUCCUGGAUGACCUGGAUGCAGUAGAGCGCUCCUUCCUGUCUGUCAACCUGACCGGGGUCAUCCUGUCCCCCUACAGCACACUGGUCAACCUGGAGAACGACACGCGAGAGGUCAAGGUAAAAGAGGGGUCAUAUUAUACCUCUCUGUCCAGGAGGUCUUGAACUCAUCUUUUGAAUCCCCUGCCUCCUGCCUUGUCUUCAGUUCAGAAGUACUCAGUACACAUUCAAUGAGAGAAAGACUGUUGUAAAACACUUAUGUCUUCAUUUCUCUCCUAGUCUCUGAUGUCUACGGAUAGGAGCCCAGCCUAUCACCUGACCAGGGAUGAGGAGGACUUGACAAACCUCACCCAGGACAUAGACGGACUGCUACAGAAGGCUACGGGUGUGUCUGCUGAUGGAGAGGAAGUGGCCCGGUCCACAGAGAACAGCAUUACCCAGGGGGCCGAGCUUCUGGAGUACAUCAACACCAUUCAGACUGCCAUACAAGGUGCUGCCACAGGACAUCAUGCUAUUUAAAAAUGGUUCCAUAGCUAAAGGGGUCAAAAAUGUUCCUUGUUUCCUUGUUGAUGCUGUUUCCAUUUAUUUUUAGACAAGCUGUUAACCUCUAAGCCCUUCCCUCUCUGUGAUUGGCUAAGCCCUGGCGGAGGAAGCUGGCCGUCUGAACAGGACAGACAACGUGGAGAUGAACGAGGCUAAGAGCAAGCGGCUAGUGAAGCAGGUGGCGACCAUGUUGGAAAACAUCAGAGCGUUCGACUUAGCCCAGGCCAACGCCAGCGCCUCUACAGAACUCAGGUUGGUUAGCCGUAUAAGGUGGCCGAUUUUAUAUAGGCUACCCUUUCUGGAUCCAAUCUCAUACUAUCUGCACUUAGAAGUCAACUGUUAAUACCACCUAACUAGAACAGCUCUGUAAGCUCUAAGUAACACUGUUCCUUGUUGUACUACAGUGAUUGAUUAUACUGUAACACUGCUCUGGGCUCUAUUGGUUUAGUAAGGUUGUAUUAGAGUGUAGUUACUAGACUAUAGUACAUGAAUGGGUAUAGCUGACUAACCCUCUUGUGUUAUGUGUGUACUAUAGUUGAAGUGACUGUAGUGUACUGUAUUCUAACCCUCCUGUGUUAUGUUGACUGCAGUGCUGCCAAGGCUCUCCUCCAGAGGGUGCAGAAGGACCUCCAGCAGCCCCAGGGGACGCUAGAGUCCCAGACCCUCAACAUCUCCACCAGUUUGACCCAACACCACCAGCAGCUAGAGGGCGCCCAGGCCCUUCUGAACACAGCCAGGGAGAACAACAACCACACACACACCCUGCUGGGGAGCGUCAACACCAAUCUGGGACAGUACCAGGUCAGUACACUUAGUGUUCUCACAAUACCCAAGCACUUUACAUGUAGUAAGAGUUUGCCAUUACUGUUGACAUGUGUCGAAGGCCAAAUCAUAUCUGGUCACUUUUAGUCAAAUGUAGGCGUAUACAUGUAAAAUGUAGUCAAAUGUAGGUUGUGAAGUUAAUUGAUUUAGAUGUUCACUCAUUUUCAAACAUCUUAGCUGUAUAGGGGCAAUGCAUUUCUCCAAUAGUAGUAUUAGGACUGUCGUCUCUGCGCGUGUGUAGGGACUGAAGCAGAAUGUGAGCCGGCUGAACCAGACAGCAGAAACCCAACUGGAGGAGACUCAGGACAUCCUGGCUGAUGCUGUCAAUCUAGCAGAGGACAUGGGCAACAUCACCUCUGUUAGUCACACCAUAACACCAUAUUACCACCAAAUCCAUAUCAAACACAUGUUGUACGUCAGAAUCAAUAACUUUAUUUGUUGAUUUAAACGUUAUAUUCCAAGGAAGUCAGUAGAGAUUGUACACAUUUUUUAAGGAAACCUGGCCAGUGUAAAAAAAAAUAUACUACAUUUUGGGAAAAUGCUGUUUAGCUAACUGAAUCUGUUUAUUUAGCUAACUGUUUAUUUUGGUUAUGUGCGACUUGUAAAGCAACUGGAGGGGGCCAAGCACCAGCUGGAGCAGUGGAACCCCAUGUUGAGGAAGCAUGUGGACGCUCUGGUGAUGGAGCUGAGGGAGCAAGACGUUCUGGAGCUGGUCUACAAGGCUGAAGACCACGCCCAGGAACUCAGCAAGAAGGCCCAGGCUCUGCAGAGGUGUGUGUGGCGGCGGGAACUUCUACAUAUGUACCCUUUCAAAGGGGUUUACGGGUAUUUCAAAAUGCCUCGCCAUCACAAACAUUAGGUCAUUGAAAUAGGACUAAAUAUCUAUAUUUAGUCCAUCCAUGUACAUCAGCCUAACCUCAUCCUCCUGUAUGUAGCUCUCUAGCGGAGGGGAUGAAUACCACUCUGAACGUCACCAGUGCAGCGCAUGCCAAUUCUAACAUCAGAGCUAACGUCCAGCCUGCAGAGGAGAUGGCUAACCUAGCCAACCUGACUGCUGCUAUGGCCCUCAAUAUGGUGAGUCACCGCUCAUUUAGUGUCCAUUCACUAUUCAUAUCAGACCAUGGAAUAACUAGACUGGUCCCAGAUCUGUUUGGGCUGUCCUGCCAACUCCUAUGGUCGUUGUGAUGCCGAACACCAUAGGAGUUGGAAAGACAGCACAAACAGAUCUGGGAUCAGGCUAGAGAACUACUCUACUACACUGGAUAUGAAGUGUGCUGUGGGUCAGAAACCUGAAAACUAUAGUAGUGUCGUAAAUAACUCUCUCACUCUCUGUGUUGACUGUAGACUGUCCAGCAUGAGGAAUCACUAACUGAUCUGGGAUCUGAGGCUGUGCAGCGUAGUGCUAAGAUACUGGCUGAGAGUCUGGCCAUGAACAACAGCACUGAGGGUGAGUUGGAGCACACACACACACAGUCUUGUAUAACUAACCCAUUCAGUCCCAUUCAAAAUCCAAUCUAACCCUAAACCUAAUCCUAAACCUAACCCUAACCUCAAAAUCCUAUUUUCCCAAUCCAUAACCCUAACCCUAACCCUUCAAAAUCCUAUUUUCCCAAUCCAUAAACCUAACCCUAAACCUAUCCCUAACCCUAACACAGUCUUGUAUAACUAACCCAUUCAGUCCCAUUCAAAAUCCAAUUUUCCCAAUCCAUAACCCUAACCCUAACCUCAAAAUCCUAUUUUCCCAAUCCAUAAACCGAACCCUAAAACUAACCCUAACACAGUCUUGUAUAACUAACCCAUUCAGUCCCAUUCAAAAUCCUAUUUUCCCAAUCCAUAACCCUAACCCUAACCUCAAAAUCCUAUUUUCCCAAUCCAUAAACCCUAACCCUAACCCUUCAAAAUCCUAUUUUCCCAAUCAUAAACCCUGAACCUAACCCUAACCCUAACCUCAAAAUCCUAUUUUCCCAAUCCAUAAACCCUAACCCUAACCCUUCAAAAUCCUAUUUUCCCAAUCCAUAAACCUAACCCUAAACCUAUCCCUAACCCUAACACAGUCUUGUAUAACUAACCCAUUCAGUCCCAUUCAAAAUCCAAUUUUCCCAAUCCAUAACCCUAACCCUAAACCUAAUCGUAAACCUAACCCUAACCUCAAAAUCCUAUUUUCCCAAUCCAUAACCCUAACCCUAACCCUUCAAAAUCCUAUUUUCCCAAUCCAUAAACCUAACCCUAAACCUAUCCCUAACCCUAACACAGUCUUGUAUAACUAACCCAUUCAGUCCCAUUCAAAAUCCAAUUUUCCCAAUCCAUAACCCUAACCCUAACCUCAAAAUCCUAUUUUCCCAAUCCAUAAACCGAACCCUAAAACUAACCCUAACACAGUCUUGUAUAACUAACCCAUUCAGUCCCAUUCAAAAUCCUAUUUUCCCAAUCCAUAACCCUAACCCUAACCUCAAAAUCCUAUUUUCCCAAUCCAUAAACCCUAACCCUAACCCUUCAAAAUCCUAUUUUCCCAAUCAUAAACCCUGAACCUAACCCUAACCCUAACCUCAAAAUCCUAUUUUCCCAAUCCAUAAACCCUAACCCUAACCCUUCAAAAUCCUAUUUUCCCAAUCCAUAAACCUAACCCUAAACCUAUCCCUAACCCUAACACAGUCUUGUAUAACUAACCCAUUCAGUCCCAUUCAAAAUCCUAUUUUCCCAAUCCAUAACCCUAACCCUAACCUCAAAAUCCUAUUUUCCCAAUCCAUAACCCUAACCCUAACCCUAACCUCAAAAUCCUAUUUUCCCAAUCCAUAAACCCUAACCCUAACCUCAAAAUCCUAUUUUCCCAAUCCAUAACCCUAACCCUAACCCUAACCUCAAAAUCAUAUUUUCCGAAUCCAUAAACCCUAACCCUAACCCUUAAAAAUCCUAUUUUCCCAAUCAUAAACCCUAAACCUAACCCUAACCCUAACACAGUCUUGUAUAACUAACCCAUUCAGUCCCAUUCAAAUCCUAUUUUCCCAAUCAUAAACCCUAAACCUAACCCUAACCCUAACACAGUCUUGUAUAACUAACCCAUUCAGUCCCAUUCAAAAUCCUAUUUUCCCAAUCCAUAACCCUACCCCUAACCCUAACCCUAACCUCAAAGUCCUAUUUUCCCAAUCUAUAACCCUAACCCUAAACCUAACCCUAACCUCAAAAUCCUAUUUUCCCAAUCCAUAAACCUAACCCUAAACCUAACCCUAGCGCCUAACCCUAACCUCAAAAUCCUAUUUUCCCAAUCCAUAAACCCUAACCCUAACCUCAAAAUCCUAUUUUCCCAAUCCAUAACCCUAACCCUAAACCUAACCCUAGCGCCUAACCCUAACCCGUCAAAAUCCUAUUUCCCCAAUCCAUAAACCUAACCCUAACCCUUCAAAAUCCUAUUUUCCCAAUCCAUAAACCUAACCGUAACCUCAAAAUCAUAUUUUCCCAAUCCAUAAACUUAACCCUAAACCUUCAAAAUCCUAUUUUCCCAAUCAUAAACCCUAAACCUAACCCUAUCCCUAACACAGUCUUGUAUAACUAACCCAUUCAGUCCCAUUCAAAAUCCUAUUUUCCCAAUCAAUUUCCCUAACCCUAAACCUAACCCUAGCGUCUAACCCUACCCCUUCAAUAUCCUAUUUUCCCAAUCCAUAAACCUAACCCUAACCCUAACCUAAAAAUCCUAUUUUCCCAAUCCAUAACCCUAACCCUAAACCUAACCCUAGCGUCUAACCCUAACCCUAAACCUAACUUUAGCGCCUAACCCUAACCCAUUCAGUCCCAUUCAAAAUCCUAUUUUCCCAAUCACUAAACCUACCCUAAACCUAACCCUAGCGCCUAACCCUAACCCAUUCAGUCCUAUUCAAAAUCCUAUUUUCCCAAUCCAUAAACUUAAUCCUAACCCAUUCAGUCCCAUUCAAAAUCCUAUUUUCCCUAAACCUAACCCUAGCGUCUAACCCUAACCCAUUCAGUCCCAUUCAAAAUCCUAUUUUCCCAAUCCAUUACCCUAACCCUAAACCUAACGCUAGCGCCUAACCCUACCCCUUCAAUAUCCUAUUUUCCCAAUCCAUAAACCUAACCCUAACCUAAAAAUCCUAUUUUCCCAAUCCAUAUACCUAACCCUAAACCUAAACCUAGCACCUAACCCUAAACCUAACCCUAGCGCCUAACCCUAACCCAUUCAAUCCCAUUCAAAAUCCUAUUUUGCCAAUCCAUAAACCCUAACCCUAACCCAUUCAGUCCAAUUCAAAAUCCUAUUUUCCCAAUCCAUGAAUCUAAACCUAACCCUAACCCAUUCAGUCCCAUUCAAAAUCCUAUUUUCCCAAUCCAUAAACCCUAACCCUAACCCAUUCAGUCCAAUUCAAAAUCCUAUUUUCCCAAUCCAUGAAUCUAAACCUAACCCUAACCCAUUCAGUCCCAUUCAAAAUCCUAUUUUCCCAAUCCAUAAACCUAACCCUAAUCCAUUCAGUCCCAUUCAAAAUCCUAUUUUCCCAAUCACUAAACCUAACCCUAAACCUAACCCUAGCGCCUAACCCUAACCCUAACGCAUUCAGUCCUAUUCAAAAUCCUAUUUUCCCAAUCCAUAACCCUGAACCUAACCCUAGCGCCUAACCCUAACCCUAACCCAUUCAGUCCUAUUCAAAAUCCUAUUUUCCCAAUCCAUAAACCCUAACCCAUUCAGUCCUAUUCAAAAUCCUAUUUUCCCAAUCCAUAAACUUAACCCUAACCCAUUCAGUCCCAUUCAAAAUCCUAUUUUCCCAAUCCAUAAACCUAACCCUAAACAUAACCCUAACCUUAAUCAUAAACCCUAAACCUAACCCUAGCGCCUAACCCUAACCCAUUCAGUCCCAUUCAAAAUCCUAUUUUCCCAAUCCACAAACUUAACCCUAACCCAUUCAGUCCCAUUCAAAAUCCUAUUUUCCCAAUCCAUAAACCUAACCCUAAACCUAACCCUAACCCAUUCAGUCCCAUUCAAAAUCCUAUUUUCCCAAUCCAUAAACCUAACCCUAACCCAUUCAGUCCCAUUCAAAAUCCUAUUUUCCCAACUCUUAAACCUAACCCUAAACCUAACCCUAGCGUCUAACCCUAACCCAUUCAGUCCCAUUCAAAAUCCUAUUUUCCCAAUCCAUAACCCUAACCAUAAACCUAACCCUAGCGCCUAACCCUAACCCAUUCAGUCUCAUUCAAACACUAUUUUCCCAAUCCAUAAACUUAACCCUAACCCAUUCAGUCCCAUUCAAAUCCUAUUUUCCCAACCCAAUAAACCAUAACCCUAAACCUAACCCUAACCCUAAUCCUAACCCAUUCAGUCCCAUUCAAAUCCUAUUUUCACAAUCCAUAAACCUAACCCUAAACCUAACCCUAAACCUAACCCUAGCACCUAACCCUAACCCUAACCCAUUCAGUCCCAUUCAAAAUCCUAUUUUCCCAAUCCUUAAACCUAACCCUAAACCUAACCCUAGCGCCUAACCCUAAACCUAACCCUAGCACCUAACCCUAACCCAUUCAAAAUCGUAUUUUCCCUAUCCAUAAACUUAACCCUAAACCUAACCCUAAAACUAACCCUAACGCCUAACCCUAACCCAUUCAGUCUCAUUCAAAAUCCUAUUUUCCCAAUCCAUAAACUUAACCCUAACCCAUUCAGUCCCAUUCAAAAUCAUAUUUUCCCAAUCCAUAAACCUAACCCUAAACCUAACCCUAACGCCUAACCCUAACCCAUUCAGUCUCAUUCAAAAUCCUAUUUUCCCAAUCCAUAAACUUAACCCUAACCCAUUCAGUCCCAUUCAAAAUCCUAUUUUCCCAAUCCAUAAACCUAACCCUAAACCUAACCCAUUCAGUCCCAUUCAAAAUCCUAUUUUCCCAAUCCAUAAACCUAACCCUAAACCUAACCCUAACGCCUAACCCUAACCCAUUUAGUCCCAUUCAAAACCUAUUUUCCCAAUCACUAAGCCUAACCCUAAACCUAACCCUAGCGCCUAACCCUAACCCUAACCCAUUCAGUCCUAUUCAAAAUCCUAUUUUCCCAAUCCAUGAAUCUAAACCUAACCCUAACCCAUUCAGUCCCAUUCAAAAUCCUAUUUUCCCAAUCCAUAAACCUAACCCUAAACCUAACCCUAACCCUAAUCCUAACCCAUUCAGUCCCAUUCAAAAUCCUAUUUUCACAAUCCAUAAACCUAACCCUAAACCUAACCCUAAACCUAACCCUAGCACCUAACCCUAACCCUAACCCAUUCAGUCCCAUUCAAAAUCCUAUUUUCCCAAUCCUUAAACCUAACCCUAGCGUCUAACCCUAACCCUAAACCUAACCCUAGCACCUAACCCUAACCCAUUCAAAAUCGUAUUUUCCCUAUCCAUAAACUUAACCCUAAACCUAACCCUAGCGCCUAACCCUAAAACUAACCCUAGAUCCUAACCCUUGACCUAAUUCUAACCCUAAUACUAAUUCUAACCUUAACACUAAACCCCCUAGAAAUAGCAAUUGAACUUGUGGGAACCAACAAAAUGUCCCCAGUUGGUCAAAUGUUUGUUUGUUUACUAUGCUUGUGGGGAUUUCUGGUCCCCACAAGUAUAGUUAAACACGUCCACACACACACACACACACACACACACACACACACACACACACACACACUAUGGUAGUAAAAGUUACAUGUGUUUGUGUUUCCCCUAGGUCUCCUGGCUAACAUCAGUGAUGUGACAGACAGAAUGGCCUUGUUGAAAAAUAACCUCCAUAACACCAGCAGACUCAUUCCAGAGCCAGCAGUCCUGCUCCAUAGCCUGCCCAACGGUGAGUGGUACUGCCAACUGAUGCCCCAACAAUUGUCCUUUUAUGUCUCCUUUCUGCUCCAACACACUCUAGUACUUUCAUGAUCUCUGCCCUUGUUAAGUCAUGAAAACAACAUUCGACAACAAGUCAAAAAUGCGACAUUAAAACCAACAAUAACACAACACAGCCUACUUUACAACUGUCUGAGCUAUGUUGUUUCUGACUUGAAAAAUGUCUGAACAACUGGAUGAAAAUAGUAGAUAUCAAGUAAUGAUUAUCACAUAAGUCAUAUAUUUAACACUUCAUCACACACUCAAAGACACCCUAAACAGUGGGAAAACAGAGAACAGCAUGAAAUGUGGUACCUCAGUACAUCACUGACAUUGCCUGUGCUGCCCCCUGUAGGCACCAGUGAGCAGGUGCUGGAGGCCAAGGAGCAGGCUGCCAUGGCCAAUGCCUCCCUGCAGAGGGCGCUGGAGCGCCUGGAGGAGCUCAGGGUCAGACUGGAGGAGUCCAGCACGGCUGUGGCCCAGGUCAAAACCAGCUUCUCCAACACCAACCAGCUGUUCUCUGACUCACAAUCCACUGGUGAGUCUAACACCUCAUUCAGACAUCCAAAUGUGGUUCUAGCUAGAUUAUAGCUAGCAACUUUGUCAUGGAAGUGUUUUCUACAAUGUUUUUCACCCUUGCUUCCACCCUUUCCACAUUAAAGCUUGAAUCCGGAGUUGAAACAAUAACAAAGCUAACACCCCGCCUCUAUUUUGGUAGAAAUCUGAAGGAGGGGCCUUGAGAAAGGUAACCACUGUCAAAUUCUAUGGAUGCAAGGACUGACCAUCCAUUAUAGACAGUGUUUGUUUACAUUUAUGUUGUUUACAAACAUUGGGGUAAAACAAGCUCAAAUUUUGGGUUCUGAUUGGGUACGACAGUUGAACUAAGCUCAUGAGGCAUUUGUAAGUUAUAUUCUUCAAGAUUCAAUGGGUAUUAAUCAUUCAUUUAUAAAUCCAAAAAUGGAUGUAGCAUCUAAGGACUCUAGCUUUAAACCACACCACAUUUGAAGCCAAGUAGUGCCCCAAAUACCUGACUAAUGUUAGUCAAACGUUAUUACCAUGUUAUCGUGACAUAUCAAUUAGAGGCUAAUUUCUAGAGAGAUUAUGUGACUAACAUAGAUGAGUAAGAUGAGUUUACCAUUACUAACCUGUCCUAUCUGUUGUCUCUCUUAGCCAGUACAGCUGAGUCUAAGCUGAAGGAGGCAGAGAGUCGUACAGAGAGGCUGUACGACCGUCUCAAACCCCUCAAGACCCUGGGGGAAAACCUGAGCAGAAACCUGUCUGAGAUCAGAGAGAUGAUCAACCGGGCCCGCAAACAGGCUGCCUCGGUUAGUCACUGCUGCUGGACUACACACACACACACACACACACACACACACACACACACACACACACACACACACACACACAGAGAGAGACACACACACACACACAUACGUAUGUGCACACAUAAACACUUGCACACAUGCAUGUAUACACACACACACACACACACACACACACACACACACACACAAAACACACACACACUGUAAAUCAGGGAUCAUCAACUAGAUUCAGCCGCGGCCCACAGGCCUUGCUUACAUUUGAACGCAAUCACACGUGUCUCUCUAUUAUGCGUGGGAAUACUUGGGAACAGAUUUCCAAAAUUAAAACCACUUGGCACUGAUUUCCUGGUGUCCAAAUUAUUAUUUUUUGCUCAGAAAACGUGGGGUAGCCAAAUAAAACCACCCGUGGGCUAAAUUCGGCCCGCGGGCCGCCAGUUUGGGAACCCUGCUGUACAUGGGACCCUGCUGUACAUGGGACCCUGCUGUACAUGGACCAACACACUCUGUCCUCAACUGACAUACUGAUAUUGUCCUUUUCUCGCCUGUACAGAUCAAGGUGUCAGUGCUGGCAGACAAAGACUGUGUGAGGGCCUACAAGCCUGAGAUGUCCUCCAGUAACUUCAACACUCUAACCAUGACCGUCAAGACCAGCGAGCCUGACAACCUGCUCUUCUAUAUGGGCAGCAGCUCCAGCGUAAGUCACAUACUGAUUCCCCUCUAUAGUACCUCAUAAUGAUUACCUAUAAAUCAGUUUGAAACUAAAGUCUAUAUAAUCUACAUUCAACCAGAUAGUUAUAAAUCCUCUAUAAACCAUCUAUAAACUAUCCUUUACAAACCCUUUAUAAUGUACUUCAAUGUUACCACUAUAACUACAUGUCUAUAUGACAUGUGUCAAGUAAAAAACUUUACGAUGUACAGUGGGGAAAAAAAGUAUUUAGUCAGAAACCAAUUGUGCAAGUUCUCCCACUUAAAAAGAUGAGAGAGGCCUGUAAUUUUCAUCAUAGGUACACGUCAACUAUGACAGACAAAUUGAGAAAAAAAAAUCCAGAAAAUCACAUUGUAGGAUUUUUUAUGAAUUUAUUUGCAAAUUAUGGUGGAAAAUAAGUAUUUGGUCACCUACAAACAAGCAAGAUUUCUGGCUCUCACAGACCUGUAACUUCUUCUUUAAGAGGCUCCUCUGUCCUCCACUCGUUACCUGUAUUAAUGGCACUUGUUUGAACUUGUUAUCAGUAUAAAAGACACCUGUCCACAACCUCAAACAGUCACACUCCAAACUCCACUAUGGCCAAGACCAAAGAGCUGUCAAAGGACACCAGAAACAAAAUUGUAGACCUGCACCAGGCUGGGAAUACUGAAUCUGCAAUAGGUAAGCAGCUUGGUUUGAAGAAAUCAACUGUGGGAGCAAUUAUUAGGAAAUGGAAGACAUACAAGACCACUGAUAAUCUCCCUCGAUCUGGGGCUCCACGCAAGAUCUCACCCCGUGGGGUCAAAUUGAUCACAAGAACGGUGAGCAAAAAUCCCAGAACCACACGGGGGGACCUAGUGAAUGACCUGCAGAGAGCUGGGACCAAAGUAACAAAGCCUACCAUCAGUAACACACUACGCCGCCAGGGACUCAAAUCCUGCAGUGCAAGACGUGUCCCCCUGCUUAAGCCAGUACAUGUCCAGGCCCGUCUGAAGUUUGCUAGAGUGCAUUUGGAUGAUCCAGAAGAGGAUUGUGAGAAUGUCAUAUGGUCAGAUGAAACCAAAAUAUAACUUUUUGGUAAAAACUCAACUCGUCGUGUUUGGAGGACAAAGAAUGCUGAGUUGCAUCCAAAGAACACCAUACCUACUGUGAAGCAUGGGGGUGGAAACAUCAUGCUUUGGGGCUGUUUUUCUGCAAAGGGACCAGGACGACUGAUCCGUGUAAAGGAAAGAAUGAAUGGGGCCAUGUAUCGUGAGAUUUUGAGUGAAAACCUCCUUCCAUCAGCAAGGGCAUUGAAGAUGAAACGUGGCUGGGUCUUUCAGCAUGACAAUGAUCCCAAACACACCGCCCGGGCAACGAAGGAGUGGCUUCGUAAGAAGCAUUUCAAGGUCCUGGAGUGGCCUAGCCAGUCUACAGAUCUCAACCCCAUAGAAAAUCUUUGGAGGGAGUUGAAAGUCCGUGUUGCCCAGCGACAGCCCCAAAACAUCACUGCUCUAGAGGAGAUCUGCAUGGAGGAAUGGGCCAAAAUACCAGCAACAGUGUGUGAAAACCUUGUGAAGACUUACAGAAAACGUUUGACCUGUGUCAUUGCCAACAAAGGGUAUAUAACAAAGUAUUGACAAAACUUUUGUUAUUGACCAAAUACUUAUUUUCCACCAUAAUUUGCAAAUAAAUUCAUUAAAAAUCCUAUAAUGUGAUUUUCUGGAUUUUUUUUUCUCAUUUUGUCUUUCAUAGUUGACGUGUACCUAUGAUGAAAAUUACAGGCCUCUCUCAUCUUUUUAAGUGGGAGAACUUGCACAAUUGGUGGCUGACUAAAUACUUUUUUGCCCCACUGUAUAUCAGGUGGACUUCAUGGCGGUAGAGAUGCGUCAUGGCAAGGUGGCGUUCUUGUGGGAUGUGGGUUCAGGCCACGCCAAGCUGGAGUACCCCGAUGUCCAGAUCAACAACAACAAGUGGCACCACAUCAAUGCCACGCGCUUUGGGAAGCACGGCUCACUGUCAGUCCACCAGCUGGAGUCAGACCCCCUGCCCGUGGUGAAGACCGCCUCACCUGGCUCCGCUACGGUCCUGGAUGUCAACAAGUUUACCCUGAUAUUUGUUGGCGGCCUGGGAGGCCAGAUCAAGGUACAGUCAGACCCGGCUGGGUCUUUUUUACUCAGGCAUAUUUCUAGCCACCCGCUUGGGUCCUUGAGAGCUUGAACAGGUUCAAUUGAAGUUACGUCCAUAGCCGCGGGAAAAAUCACAAUAAACAAAUAUUAAUGUUUAUUUUUAUUUUUAUUUUUAAGUGCACUGGGCCUUUACUAGUUCUGUAUUAGUGGACCAAUAUAGACCGACAUAGCCCCCUCUCAACAAAACAUCUCAGCACCCCCACCCCCAAACAUCUUCCCACACCUAUGGUUACGUCAACAACACGUACCAUUUUGUAUUCUCCACCAAUAAAACUGUGUUUAAAAAACAUUUAAGUGGCUUGACACACAAUUACAAAGGACAUGCAAAGAACUGAGAUAAUCUAAAACAAUUUACUCAAUCUCUUUUGCACAGAAGUCCUCAGCGGUGAAGAUGACCCAGUUCAAGGGCUGUAUGGGGGAGGCGUCGCUCAACGAGAAGAACAUCGGGCUGUGGAACUACGCUGAGAGGGAGGGCCAGUGUCGCGGCUGCUUCCUGAGUCCGCAGACAGAGGAGACGUCCUUCCACUUUGAUGGCAGUGGCUACUCAGUGGUAGAGAAACCCCUCCGCUCCACCUCCACUUCCAUCGUACUGCUGUUCAAGACCCUCUCCCCCAACGGCCUGCUGCUCUACCUGGCCUCCAACAGCACGGUACUCCCCCUACUGGCCCACACACACUACAACCACACUGAACAGUCUGUUUUUGUUGUCUAGAUAUACAUAGAGGAAAGCUAUCGUUCUCUGCUGUGGCAAAUCAAAUUACCCUCUGGGGACAGUAAAGAUUGACUGAUGUGUUUAUUUAUCAUUUCAGAGGGACUUCCUGUCCAUUGAGCUGGUGGAGGGCCAAGUGCGCCUGGCGUUUGAACUUGGCUCUGGUCCUCUGACCCUCUCCUCCAACAAAGCCUACAACACUGGCAGCUGGUACAAGAUCACCCUGCAGAGGAACAAACGCAAAGGUCUUAGGUCAUAGGUUAUAGGCUCAUAGUUAGUUAUAUAGGGUAUAGUCAGAUUAUUUCCCCCUGGCACUUUAUUGACACACUGUGUAUACCCCAUAUUGUUUUGUAUUAGUUGCCCUUGUAUAAUGCCUAUAGUAUGUAUGUAACGCAGACCUGGGUUCAAAUACUAUUUCAAAUAUCUCAAUUACUUUCACAUACAUUCAAAGUAAGUAUUCAGAUAUAUUUUAUUUGAAAAGAAAAGUAGUUGAAUAUUUUAAUGUAUUUGGAAAUACACGUGGAAAGUAUUAAAAAAAUUCCUCAAAUACACUCCCAUGCAUUUAACCCAGGUAUUUGAAAAUAAUAUAUGAAAUAAGUAUUUGAAAAUACUCUCAAAUACAAUUUGGUGGAAUAAUUUGUUUUUACAAAUAACGAUUCAAAUACUCAAGUAAAAGCACUUGUUUUGGGCGCGGCUGUGUAUUUGAAAAUACUCAAAUACACAGAAAAAAAGUAUUUAAAAUAAGCAGGUACUUAAAUAGACCUGUAUUUGAACCCAGGUCUGAUGUAAAGUACUCUGUCAUGUUUCUUUCUAUCCUCCCAGCCUAUAUGUCGGUGAUGGCUGCAGACAACUCAUCAGUGAAAGAGGUCAUGGAGGCGGAGUCUCCUGGGACCGCCUCCGACCUCAACCGCGCCGACCUGGACCCAAUCUACAUUGGGGGACUGCCCAUGUCUCGACCUAUCAGGUGCUGGAACUACUUUGGCACAUACAUCACCUACCUGCAAAAUACUCUCCUAGUUGAUAUGCAAUUGUAUUGUUGUGAUUAAUAUAUUUUUGGUGUAGCUUCUUAAGGUUACUGUAUGCUUCCCAGUCGAAACAGUUUGCACAUAUGUUAUGAUUAAAUUUAGUGAAGUUUUUGUUCAUUUUGGUGUUGGGUAGCAUUCAGCAGUGGAUUUUUCGGCUGUUCGAGCACCCAAUUCUUUUUCUUGAGGCUUGUCGAAGUUCAGUAGCCGAAGUCUACGCCCCUUCGUUGGUGAUUGGUCAACAGUGGGAUUCUUCAGUAAAGUGUUUGUUGUCAUUCAACGACAAAUUACUUGUUUUCAUGCAUAUUUUUUCACAUGAGAAAUACUGCACCAAACAUCUUAGUUAGAUGCAAGACCUCGGCAAAAACAUCAAAAUGAAUUAAACAUUUCUUGAGUUAAAUUAUAUUAAUUCAGACUAUUUUGAGGAAGUGUACUUGUUGCUACGGCGUCUCAAGAAGGACAAACAGUAAUAUUGCCGCUUUUAAGGGAGUAUGUGAAGCAUAGACGUUCACUUUGCCUAGCCGAGUCCUGCUAGGAGCAAACCUAGUAUGCGGACACCUUUAGCCUACUGCAUAAUGUCAAUAUUGAGCUUAGUGUUUGAGUUGUUGUGAUUAUUAUUAUUAUAUCUAUUUUUUUACAUUAAGUAAAAUAAACAAAAGGUCAAUUGUGAAUUGAAUUCUCUUUGCAGGAGACAAGUAGUAGCACGGUCCUAUGUGGGCUGCAUCAAAAACAUGGAGAUUGCCCGCUCCAACUUUGACCUUCUCCGAGACUCCUAUGGGGUCAAGAAAGGUUGUGUGUUAGAGGUAAGAAAAGCUGUGUGUUAGAGGUAAGAAAGGUUGUGUGUUAGAGGUAAGAAAGGUUGUGUGUUAGAGGUAAGAGAGGCUGUGUGUUAGAGGUAAGAAAGGUUGUGUGUUAGAGGUAAGAAAGGUUGUCUGUUAGAGGUAAGAGAGGCUGUGUGUUAGAGGUAAGAAAGGUUGUGUGUCAGAGGUAGGAAAGGUUGUGUGUCAGAGGUAAGAAAGGUUGUGUCAGAGGUAAGAAAGGUUGUGUCAGAGGUAAGAAAGGUUGUGUUAGAGGUAAGAAAGGCUGUGUUAGAGAUAGGAAAGGAUGUGUGUUAGAGGUAAGAAAGGCUGUGUUAGAGGUAAGAAAGGUUGUGUUAGAUAAGGAAAGGUUGUGUGUUAGAGGUAAGAAAGGUUGUGUUAGAUAAGGAAAGGUUGUGUGUUAGAGGUAAGAAAGGUUGUGUUAGAUAAGGAAAGGUUGUGUGUCAGAGGUAAGAAAGGUUGUGUUAGAUAAGGAAAGGCUGUGUGUUAGAGGUAAGAAAGGAUGUGUUAGAUAAGGAAAGGUUGUGUGUUAGAGGUAAGAAAUAUUGUGUUAGAUAAGGAAAGGUUGUGUUAGAGGUAAGAAAGGUUGUGUUAGAUAAGGAAAGGCUGUGUGUUAGAGGUAAGAAAGGUUAUGUUAGAGGUAAGAAAUGUUGUGUUAGAUAAGGAAAGGCUGUGUGUUAGAGGUAAGAAAGGUUGUGUUAGAUAAGGAAAGGUUGUGUUAGAUAAGGAAAGGUUGUGUUAGAUAAGGAAAGGUUGUGUUAGAUAAGGAAAGGCUGUGUGUCAGAGGUAAGAGAACUGAAAGUAAAGAACCUUCAUCUAUUUAUUUCUUCCUCUCUAAACAAAUUAAAGGUAGACUCAGCGUUAUUGGGAAUAGUGAAUAGUGACAGUCGUGGCAUUUGAUUUUUGCUGUUGUUGAUUUCUGUAAAGAUGAAGGUGCCCAGCAGUACAUGAUGAUGUCAUAUUGUUGCACAGAAUGGAAAAAUACUUCCCAUAUUCCCUAUGAGUAACUUGUGUGGUGUGUGUCUGUUCCAGCCCAUCCGCAGUGUGUCUGUACUGAGAGAGGGCUAUGUGGAGCUGCCAUCAAUGUCUCUUGGCUCCCAGGGGGAGCUGCUGGCCUCCUUCUCCACCCGCAACCACACUGGCAUCAUCCUGGCAGGCUUCAGCAAGGCAGGCACCCGCAAACGCAGACAGGCACGCCAGGUAAGUGUGUAUCAGUGGAGGCUGGUGGGGGGAGCUAUAGGAGGACGGGCUCAUUGUAAUGGAAUGGAAUUAAUGGAACGGAGUCAAACACGUGGUUUCCAUGGUUUCCAUGUGUUUGAUGGGUUUGAUACCGUUCCAUUCAUUCCAUUCCAAUCAUUACAUGUUUUCAACACAGCAGGAGUUAAGAGAGCUUUCUGGUGACCAUAGCAUGAUUUAGUUGGAGUUACAUGAGUAUGUCACUACUAUCUUCGACUUCUCUAACCAAGAAAAUGACUUAAGGUUAGACCGUAUAUUGACAGUCUUCUCUGGGUUUCCAUCCAGCCCUUCCUGGCGGUCAUGCUGGUGUCGGGGCGCUUGGAGGUUCACAUCAACAUGGGGGAGGGCGGGAGCGUCCACAAGGUUGUGGUCAAAUCACGCUCUGGGAGCUUCAGUGACGGACAGGAGCACUCUGUCAUCCUACAGAGGAACAGGAAGUAAGUGGCACCAGGAAGAGGGACUAAUUAAGCUGUAACAUAUAUGAUGAUUUUAUGCUGUUGGAUGGUUCAGUCAUUAUAAAUGAUAAGUCAUUUGAAAUGAUACUCCAGCACAAAGGAUUACCUCUGCACGUGGCAUUUAUUGUCUUGUAUGUGUCCUUAUUCAAUACAUUUUUAUGCUGAUGUUAUACAUAGGCCUACACAUAGUUGAUAAAAGGAUGGAUAUAUAACAAUCAAUUGCCAUGGGAUUAAAGUAACUUUGAAAUGGCCAUUGAACAGCAGUAAAUAUUGCAGAUUGUACCUUUAAGAAUAAUAUUUUCCAGUGUGGAAUAAUAUACAGGAAGUCUAUUCCAAGGGGAAUAGCACUGCAGAGUUAUUACUGACACGGAGUCCUCUGUGUGUGUCUCAUCCAUCCAGGACGAUGAUGGUACUAGUGGAUGAGGACCACCAGGGGACGGUGCGUCUGUCCUCGGAGAAGGCUUCUCUGACCCUCACCUCUCUGUACAUGGGCGGCCUCCCGCCAGAAGAGGGCGCCGGACUGCUGCGAACCACCUCCUCCUUCUACGGCUGCAUCAGGAACCUGGCCCUGGAUGCCAAGUGAGUCACGCCCAAUACACUAUGAAACCAUGUUUAGUCCAAUUAAUUUCAGAAUCCUAGGCCCUGUCAAAGUGUUGAAGGCAAUGUUAACUAAAUGGUGUUGUGGUUUGCUUAUGUAUUUUGACUUGAAAGACACUUUUGAGUUGUUGCGGCAUAAUUAGUUAUUAUGUUCUAUAGCUAGAUAUGAUCACACAUUAUCUUGCUAUAGAAUACAAUAGUAGGUAGCUUGAAUAACUUUAUUUUUCCCACAGGAAACUUCGGUGUGUUUGUCUCGCUAUUACAUUUAAUGUCAUUGCCAUGGUACCUGUCAGGAGAUGGAUGGUAUCCAUAGUAACCCAAGGCUCUGACCAGGGUUGUGCUGUGUCCCGAUAGGUUGUUGGACCUGUCAGCUGCAGUGAAGUACCACAACGUGGACAUGGACAGCUGUCUAUUGGAGGAGAGGACAAAGAGGGUCCUCCUACCUGAUGACACUGACCUGGGGGCCGAGCCCACCCUGGACGCCGCCAGACCCCCUCCACCACCCCCCACCCAGCUCAGCGCUCUCACCCCCGGCACACUCACGGUAACACCCACUAAAAUAGACACACACACACACAGAUCAUCUUAUUAUUAGGAUAAACAGUAGCUCUUUCACCUUCCAACAGGUCAGCCUGUCUUCAUAGAUAGUUCCUUAUCUUUUCCUUCAUCGGUCAUUGGUCCCUCUGUGUGUCUCCAGUGUGCAUCGAUGGACAACACCACAUCCAUCCCAGAGGCCCAUCAGUUUGGCAUCUCCAGACACAGUCACAUGGUCCUCAGCAUCAACCCCAACACAGUGAGGAGGAGGUCAGUACUGAGACCUGCCUCAUUGAACUACCGUCUCCCUUCAUCAACAUAUCACAACUUACAGUAUCGUUUUUUUUCACAUAGAGAUCAUAUCCUAUGUUAUAUCUAUGAUUGUCACAAUUCUAUAUUCAAAUCUUUAUUAGGGAUUCACACGUCUAUGGUGCUAUAGGCCUAAAUAGUGUUGUAUCUAAUUUUAGACAUUUUAGCCUUGAUAUCAGUUGGCCCAUAGCUACACGUGUAAAACAGGGUCAAGCCAACAUUCCAGUACAUUGAAGUGGCGUAGGAAUGUAACAUCCAGUAUAGUGCAUGGCAAAAAUCACUCUUAAGGCCAUAAUCGUUGAUUGCUUUUCUCUGAGCCUGAGUGCAUACUGUCUCUCUUCAUUAAAAAGAGGAAUUAUAAUAGCCGUCCCAGUAAGUAUCUAUAAUGAAGUAUCUAUAAUUCACGAGGCACUGCUUGGAAAUGAACAGAGCUAAUGUUACACAUCAUUCCCAUUGACUUAGCAAGAACUCUUCUCAAGUGUUCCACUGUAGCCUACAUUAUGUGCGAUUGAGAGGAAGGCACAGUUCAAUUAUCCUGGUCCCAGAUCUAUAGAAGGCUAUAGAAGGAGACAACAGAUCUGGGACCAGUCUAUAGAAGGAGACAACAGAUCUGGGAACAGGCUAUAGAAGGAGACAACAGAUCUGGGAACAGGCUAUAGAAGGAGACAACAGAUCUGGGACCAGGCUAAGUUUUUGGUUGGUGGGUGUAUUCAUCAAUAUAGGAUUAUUAUGAGAUAGUCACACCGAUACAAAUUGUCAUAUCCACUUCGUCAUUGCCUAUAUAGAGGUCUAACAAACCAUUAACAAAGAUCUUUAUCUUACAGUAAAUCAUGGCUAACUCCAAACAGCCUUGUCGAUGGCUGAAACGCUUCAUAUGUCUUCUCGCUUCUCUCCCUGACAGUUUCUCUCUGGAGCUGUCUGUGCGUACCUUUGCCCAGAGUGGUUUGCUCUACUACAUGGCCCACGCCAACCAGAUGGACUACGCCACUCUGCAGCUGUUGGGGGGUCAUCUGUUCUUCACCUGUGAUAAGGGCAGCGGCCCCGCCACCGCCUCCUUCCCUGUGCCGGUCAACGACGGCCAGUGGCACACAGUUAGUGACCACACCCUUCUGAGCCAAAAGUGAUAGUAGAUUGCGGUGUUUGUUCGGGUCAAUUGCAUUUUGGUCGAUUCAGGGGAUACAUAACAAAAUUGUGACAAUUCAAGUUAGUUUCAAAUCAUAACUGAAAGCAGUGAUAUUACCAUGUAGGUUGUCAGGACUCGACUCUCCCUAACCCUGUAACGUGUGUGUGCCUCUGUGUGCAGGUGAAGACAGACUUCAAUAAGAAGAGUGUGGUGAUCAGGGUAGACGGCCAGGCGUCAGCUCCAGUGCUGGCUAAAGGCAACACUCUGGAUGUGGAGAACAAGCUGUACCUGGGAGGACUGCCUCACACCUACACCGCCAAGAAGAUAGGCAACGUAUGUCACACUACACUACACCAAUACUCUCUAUUCAUGCUGAAAUAUCGUUUUCAGAUCAUUGUUUCUGUCUUGAAAGCAGGUGGUACAUUUUCUGCCGAGUAAAUGUUUAUCCAUAACCCCAAAUGUGAAUAUUUACAUUUCCUCAUCCAGGUGACUCAAAGCUUGGCUGGCUGCAUCCAGAAGGUGAUUCUGAACAGUGUUAAGCUGGACACCCAGAGUCCAGUGUCCGAACACUCUACUGCUCAGUGCUUCACUACAGCCCAGGACGGGACCUUCUUCAAUGGGAGCGGAUAUGCUGCUCUGAGUGAGUCUACCACCAUUAUAUCAAUUAACAGGCGCGCCUUCUUAAAAGUUAAUUUGUGGAAUUUCUUUCCUUCUUAAUGCGUUUGAGCCAAUCAGUUGUGUUGUGACAAGGUAGGGUGGGUAUACAGAAGAUAGCCCUAUUUGGUAAAAGACCAAGUCCAUAUUAUGGCAAGAACUGCUCAAAUAAGCAAAGAGAAACGACAGUCCAUCAUUACUUUAUGACAUGAAGGUCAGUCAAUACGGUACAUUUCAAGAACACGUUUCUUCAAGUGCAGUCGCAAAAACCAUCAAGCGCUAUGAUGAAACUGGCUCUCAUGAGGACCACCACCACAGGAAUGGAAGACCCACAGUUACCGCUGUUGCAGAUGAUAAGUUCAUUAGAGUUACCAGCCUCAGAAAUUGCAGCUCAAAUAAAUGCUUCACAGAGUUCAAGUCACAGACACAUCUCAACAUCAACUGUUCAGACGGGACUGUGUGAAUCAGGCCUUCAUGGUCAAAUUGCUGCAAAGAAACCACUACUAAAGGACACCAAUAAUAAGAAGAGACCUGCUUGGGCCAAGAAACACGAGCAAUGGACCGGUGGAAAUGUGUCCUUUGGUCUGGAGUCCAUAUUGGAGAUUUUUGGUUCCAACCGCCGUGUCUUGUGAGACGCGGUGUGGGUGAACAGAUGAUCUCCACAUGUGUAGUUCCCACCGUAAAGCAUGGCGGAGGAAGUGUUAUAGUGUGGGGGUGCUUUGCUGGUGAUGCUGUCUGUGAUUUAUUUCGAAUUCAAGGCACACAUAACCAGCAUGGCUACCACUGCAUUCUGCAGCAAUACGCCAUCCCAUCUGGGUUGGGCUUAGUGGGACUAUAAUUUGUUUUUCAACAGGACAAUGACCCAACACACCUCCAGGCUGUGUAAGAGCUAUUUUACCAAGAAGGAGAGUGAUGGAGUGCUGCAUCAGAUGACCUGGCCUCCACAAUCCCCCGACCUCAACCCAAUUGAGAUGGUUUGGGAUGAGUCGGACCGCAGAGUUAAGGAAAAGCAGCCAACAUGUGCUAAGCAUAUGUGGGAACUCCUUCAAAACUGUUGGAAAAGCAUUCCAGGUGAAGCUGGUUGAGAGAAUGCCAACAGUGUGCAAAGCUGUUUAACCAUUUUUUGGUUACUACAAGAUUCCAUGUGUUAUUUCAUAGUUUUGAUGUCUUCACUAUUAUUCUAUGAGUAGUUUGUGUCCAAGCUUUUGACUGGUACUGUACAUACACUUGACAUGUUUUAUAACACGUGUGUAAGUGCCUACGUGUGCCUUGACUGUAUGACAUAGUGUUCUAAACUGGUUUGUCCCUUGCAGUGAAAGAUGGGUACAAGGUGGGCUCAGACGUGAUGGUGGCGCUGGAGUUCCGCAGCACGGUGCCUGAUGGUGUCCUCCUGGGGGUCAGCAGCGCCAAGGUGGACGCCAUUGGCCUGGAGCUGGCCAGCGGACAGGCCAUGUUCCACGUGAACAACGGCGCCGGGCGGGUGUCAGCCACGUCGCGGCUGGGCCGGUGGCUCUGUGACGGCCGCUGGCACACCCUGCUGGCCAAGAAGACCAAGAAUGCUCUGAGUCUGAGCGUGGACGGGGUCACGGUGCUCACCGACAACCCCUACCCACAGUCAACCUCGGCCGAGACCAAGGACCCGGUCUACGUGGGAGGCUUCCCUGGUAUGCCCCCCUCUAGAAGAAAACCUUCAGUCUCUGUCCAGAAACAACCCCUAGCCCCUAAAAGCUAGAAACUUCACUGGACUGGGCCUUUGUCACCACUUUGCUUUGAUGUUGAUCAUUUUCAGUGUCAAGUAAAUUAAUUUGUUAGCACCAAUAUAUUGACUUCUCUCUCUUUUACAGUCGGAGUGAAACAGAACUGCCUGACUUCCAGAUCGCCAUUCCGUGGUUGUAUGCGUAACAUCCGCCUGAUCAAGGGCCACGUGACCGACGUCCUGGACUUCAGUACUGCAUUCACCCUCCAAGGAGUGUCACCGCACUCCUGCCCCGCCGCAUGA